GGUGUGUUGCUGUUGCAACUCUUUGCAAAAAAAAAAGGUGACAGCUCAGUCUAUCCUCACCCAAUGCAGAGCCUCUCUCACACUCACAAGGGGGAGUUGCAAUAAUCCCAGAGAUCUGCUACCUCUCAAGUGAAUCCAGGAAUUUAUCAAACUGCUCUCUACCCAAUGAGAACAGAGGAGCUAUAGGCAAAGGAACAACUCACAUCAUCACUGCCUCCAAAAACUCAAGACCUGUCCAUUCCAGCAUCAUCCAAAACCUCUGGAUUUAUCCAAUUUCUAUACUCCAGAGACAGAAAUCAGCCAAAUAUUCAAGAAACCUCUUUAUUCCAAAUCACAGGUCAUUUUUAGACACUUUUAAAUUAUUUGUAUAUAUAUAUAUUAUUUUGUGCAACACACAAAACUCCACAGGUGUCACUUUUUAAAAAUAAUUUAAAUCCUAUUGUUCUAUAUUUUUGUUUCUUUUUUUUAACAUAAUUUAUAGCACAUUUAUAUAUAUAAUUUUUCUUUUUCAUUCUAAACUCCACAAUGCAAAGAAGAGAUAUUUUUAUAGUAAUAUAGAGGAACAUAUAAUCCAUUCAAUUGGUAUUUUUAGUAAAGCAACCCAUUAGUAAACUAAUUACUAUUGAUUUUUUUUUUUGGGGGGGGAGGUAAAAAAAAAUCUGAUUGGAAUGAAAAACAAGAAAUAAAACGCUUUAAAAAAGGAAUGUGUUUUGUUUAAAACCAGCUGCUAAAGAUGUUCUUUUCGAGGUUCUUCAGAUGAUCAGCCCAAAUUGUGAAAUCGUUACCUGCAUGAGAGUCUGGAUUCUGCUUGCUGUGUGUUCUCCUUGUUCGGUAAAAACGUUUUUUGGGGAGAUUCUAGAAUGAGUUUAGCUCUGGAUAAAGAAGCGUCUUUCAGGAUCAAUUCCAAACCAUCUCCUUCAGGAUUAAGGCAUUGCCAUAGGACAGUAGCUUCCUCCGAAAGCAUCCAAGCAAAUUCCAGAAUGUGUUUUGCAUAUGUUUUAAUCUUGCUUAUCCUCACUCCAAGAGUUGACUCUUCCUGGUGGUAAGUAAAGAGAUCCUACUUAUCUCUCUCAUUACUUGUCAUAUAUUGAAAUGGAUUAAGGGAACAGAAAGUUUGGACUUGUAAAGAUGUGCAGGUUAAUGCCAUCAAUAUAUCCUACAUGUCUUGAGGGGUUAAAGUUUAAAGCUGGAAGUGUAAUGGAUUUUUAAGCAUCAAUGGAAAGUAUAAGAAAUCUGUUAUUUUAGAAUGGGAAGGAUUGUCUUAUCCACUUGAUCAAUGUACUCGUAUAUAAUCUGUCCUAAGGGGUCCAUUAACAGGAUAGGAUUAGAGGAAUAUCUUAACUAGUGCUCAGGUGUCUGUGUAUGACCCAAUGAUGAACCCACCUGUGCUAAAGUAAGGAUAUCAGCACAUUUUGAUUAGUUGGUGGGUUCUGAGAAUAGAAUUGGAAGUAAGUUUACUACACAAAUCCAAAGCCAACAUGGGGGGUCUUUAUUCAAUAAACAGUUGAUUGAGGUGACAUAACACCACAUUGUUGAAUUAAAAGAAGAAAAAAAAAAAUCUAAAAUUUCAAUUGAAGAUUUUGUUCCCCUUUUUACUAUUUCACCACCUUACAUAUUGACUAUAGUAGUUCAUCACUAAAAUGGGACACAUGAAAAUAUAUUGCUGGUUGGAGCUAUGAAUACCUACCAGUAGAUAUUGAAUAGCAGUGAUGUUCUUUAGUUAUUGGCUAAUGCAGCUGUUUGUUUUAAAGCAGACCUACUGACAUUCUUUAACAAUGUAUGAGUGGUAAUAAGGUAUUUUAGACAUGCAGUAAAGGAGUCAGUGAUACACUGCAAUUUGUAUGUGAAACCCUCUGAUCUGCAUGUGAGAUAAAAGCGAGACAAUAAGAUUGACCCCUUCAGGGCUUAAACAAAUUCCUUAAGUCCAGACAUUAAAAUAUUCCUACUACAUUCUGUGCAUAACUGAUUCUCGUGGUAACUCUUGGUAGAGUUCUGUAUGAUCACAUACCACCAUCCUGUUACUAUUACAUUGUACAAUAGUAUUAUUUGAAGUCAUUGUUAUUCUCCUUUUAAUUUAAAAUAGUACUUUAUGCCCAUGUCUCUAUAUGGAGGUAUAUAUAUAUAUAUAUAUAUAUAUGUAACUGUUAGUGUGAGGGACAGUGUAAUUUUUCAUGUAUGCACACUGUUAGUGUGUGUAAUUUGCAUCAUCUGACUAGUUCUGGAGAAGUAAUGUCAUCUAAAUUGUAUGUCUGCAAGAGAAGGGUGAGUGUACUUGCAAUGUGACUGCUGAGUAUUCAACAUUUUCUGACAUUCAGCAGGAAUAAUGAAUAGAUUGACAUGUUUUUUUAUGUUUUGUUUUUUAAUACUGCUUCCUUAUGUUUAAAGGAACGCUUGAUUAAACAAAGAGGACAGCAUUUAUAUUAUUGAUUACAGAAUAUUACAUUUCAAAUACACACACAGCUACUCAACGUAAACACAUAUUAAUGGCACACUAUCUACAUCCUCAAUUCAGUAAUAUGAUCCCUCUGAACCCAGAAUGUGGGAGGUUUAUUCACUAAACACCGAAUUGUAAUGAUUGAAAACUGACUUACAAUCUUUGAGACAAAAUGAUAGCAAAACUGUUACUAAAGCUGAGUUUGUGAAAUGUUCCAAAUCUUUUUUUCAGCAGUUAGUGAAUUAACCCCUAUGUUCCACUCAUUUAGCAAGAUGUCAAAGCACAAGACCCAAUCAUAUGCAUUGUAAUCCGAUAACGCAAUACCUUGAAAUGCCAUACUGUACACGUUAGUGCAGGGAUUAUUCACUAAACACAAAAUUAUAGUGAAGUUAAAAACAAACAAGAAAAUGUAGAUUAAAAUAGCCAAAUUGUGAGUAUAGCUGAUUUGGAGAGCUGAGCAAUUUUCGGCCUAAUUUCGCAGUCCAGUUAUCAAUACUCCACAAGUCGGUGCUUAGUCAAUACAUUUCUGCAGGUUUCAGUUGUUUAAUAACUAUUUCUUGCUCUAGAAUAGGGUGAUAAGUAGUUUGGUUUUUUUCAAGAAUUUGAUAGGGUAUUUGUUUUUUCCUAAUAUUUCGGGCUUAACCCUGUCAUUUACCUUGUUGGCAGUGAAAGGGUGGAAAUAGAAAGUACACUGAGUAAAACACCUUCAUGUACUAGAAUGUUUUUCUUUAAGCAGAGGAAAGGUUAGACCGCAGAUAUGUGUUCUUCAAAAAACACACUUGAAAGAUUUGCUCGAAAGAAAACAGAAUGUAAGCCAGGACAAAAUAUUACAAGUUAAUUAUUCCAGUAAUUCACAAGUUAGGUUUUCACUACUAUACCUUGCUACAUUGUAAAAACAAAAAUGUGCACAUUAACAAAUUUUGUUCUAUUAGAAUCUGAAUUUGUGUGUGUGUGUGUGUGUGUGUGUGUGUGUAUAUAUGUGUGUGUGUGUGUGUGUGUGUAUAUAUAUAUAUAUAUAUGUGUGUGUGUGUGUGUGUGUGUGUAUAUAUAUGUAUAUGUGUAUGUGUGUUUGUGUGUGUGUGUGUGUGUGUGUGUAUAUAUAAGUAUAUAUAUAUAUAUGUGUGUGUGUGUGUUUGUGUGUGUGUGUGUGUACAUGUGUAUGUGUGCGUGUGUGUGUGUGUGUAUAUGUGAGUGUAUACAUUUAUUAGAAUUUUAGAGUGGAUGUAUCUCUUGCCUCAACCUAGUGAUUGUUCUUUUCUUAUACUCGUGUAACAGCAAUAAGGGGUUAAAAGAAGCAGAAUCACAGGCAUGCAGUGACUGUGGAAGAUGUUCAACAAGUAUUAAAGAUAAUCUGUUAAACAUCUCCACUUCUCCACUGGUGUAAGGUCAGACUCUUUCAGAACUCUGUCAGGACAUAAUAGCACCAUUUUAAAACUAAGAAAGCAUUUGAAGUGCCUAUUUUUUGUAAACAUGCACGUGUCAUUUCUACUUUUAAAAUAUUGUAGCACCGUGUUUAUGUGUCUAAAGAAAAUCUUCAAGGUGUUAUUCACUAUAAUGAGAAUUGUCUGGAAUUCAAAUGUAAGGACAAAAUAGCUAUACUGUAAGCAUAGCUUAGAUCGGCUAUUUCAGCCUAAAAUUUGAAAUUCACUUUGAAUUCUCAGUAAUUCUCACUUUUAGUAAAUAGCCCUGUUGCUAGUCACUCUUUGAAUGUCAGAAUUGCGCAGAUUUUUUUACAUGCCUUGGGCACACGCCUGGCAUUCAAAGGGUUAAAUAUUGUUAUUAUCGUUAACAGCGCAGGUUUAUAGAAAAUAAAAUGACUGCUUACAGCUCCGUUUAAUAUAUAAUCUGACCAGUGUUUAUUUUAAUGAUGUUGUGAUGAAUUUAACAGCGAUUUACGUAGACGCAGCUCUGUGUGUCUAUUCUUUCUAGAGCGAGUGAAUGUAAAUGUUCAGUUGGCAACAUUUCCAGUGAUGCCUCUUCACGAAACCAGGAAUUGUAGAAAAUUCACAGGGGAUUUGCAAAUUUUAAUUCAGCUCCUUUUCCAGGUCUUGAUAUUUUGGCCUGAAAUUGCCUUUGGCCUUUUGUUAGUUACGCACAAUUCACAUUUUCACGAGAAAUGCCAGAUGUCAUUAUAUUGGAGAUAUUUUCCCAACUUUAAAUUUUUCAGGUUGCUUGCCAACACGUCACACCUCUAUUUCACUAUUUAGUGAAUAGACUUUUAAAGGACCCUUAAACACCCUUAAAGGAUCGCAAACGUUAUACUAAGAUAGACUCGCUGGAAUAAUAGCGGAGUUAAGAACAUUUUUCAAUUCUGACACUUUACAUAAUUUGAGCAUCUGUCUUGCCAGCUCAUCACUAUUUAAUACAUAAUCAAUUGUCAUGAGCUUCUGUAAACUUGCACAGCAGAUAUUUCUGUCCUACAUUGCCCAUAAUCCUCAGCCAGUCUUAAGGCCGUUGAGCAUCUUUGUAAAAGUGGUUCAUAAAAAAAAGGUGGAUGUGAGGUUAACUAUUACUUUUCUAAGUGAAUGUCCCAUUUUUAGCCAAACUUCAGACUAUCGAUUAAAUUAUGCUGUGUAUAUAUCUAAUGUUAUACCAGGACAAUAAUUCUAACUUUUAUCUUGCAAAAUAUGUGGCCAUAAAAGACUUUUUAAUAAGCCAAAUUUUACAAAAUAAAAGACAUGAUGAAUGUAUUAUGAGUGGGUUUGUGAGUGGUGUCUUUAAUGACUUUUGUCAUUAAUACUGGAUGAGUGGAAUUGUCUGUACCAGUGGAGAGGUUGAGUUAAUCAAUGCAGAAUGCAUUAUAAAGUAAUUUUGGUCAGUUAUACAAUUCUAUGUGAGCAUAGUGAGACUGUUGUCAUUACAUUUCUGCAUUGUUCUAACUAAUGAAUUUAAUUCCAAUGUGUUCUGUAUCUGGGGUUGAUGAAUGCUUGCAUAAUUGUCAUUAUUAAAAGAUAAAAAUAUAACAGAAAGUUAUGCUUUAAUUACUAAAUCACUAAAUUCACAAUGUGUACAUUUCAAUGCAAAAUGAUAGUUGUUGAGAGUUCAUUGGAUAAUGCACCAACUGAAGUAUCUGUUGUGUUUUAUUCUAUUUAAAAGUUGAUUCAAUCAGAUGCUCUUAUGAUCCAAGAGUUCUAACCACUUGAUGUGCUAUGUAAAUAGUUGUGUUUUUAUAACUUUUGCAGAACAAUUCUAUAGGUGUACAAAUCCAUCCAUUAUGGCAGUGGUUCCAAACUCAUUCUUCAAGGCACACUAGCAUACUAUGUUUUAGGCAUUACCUAAUUCUGUCACGUUACCCAACUGCUUAUGAUGUCAGGUCAACUAAAGGGAUUACCAUGACUCAAAAGGAGCUUUUAUCUUUUGGGUGCUACGUCUCUGGCUAUUUUAAACCAUAUAAUUAUCGUGGUGUUGAGAAUUGCUUUAAGCUUAUUAUAUGAACUGUAGUGAGGGACCUAAUAACGUGAAGAUUGCUACUGUCAGGGUUAUUCACAAAAGUGAGAAUUGUCAUGAAUUCAAAGUGAAUUCAAAAUUUAAGGCCAAAGUAGCCAAACUAAAAGCAUUACUGACUUAGACAACAUCUCCAAUAUGGCUAUGUUUGCCUUAAAUUUGGAAUGAACUUUUAAUUCACUUUGAAUUUCCAACAAGUGUUAGUUUAGUGAAUAACUCUGUGUAUGAUGCAUUUAAAUACUAUCUGCAUGCAAAUAAUACAUUUAAAAAAAAAUUAUUAUAAAAAUUAGUUUCUAUUUUAAAAUAAAGCUACGAUCUGUUUUUACUUAUUUGUUUUGCUAUUUCAAGAAUUCAAGAGAAUUGAUCCCAGAAUGGGACUGUAGAUUUACACCAACUCGGCUACUUGAUCUAGUUUGCUAAUUUUAAACUAAUUUUUCUAAUUCCCUUGUCAGUUUUUUAGUUAGUGAAUAAACGCCUAUAACUGAAGCCAUACUUUAAAACUCAUUUUAUUAGUGAGGCAGUAAAGGCAGUAUUUGCAGUGCUGUAAGAAGAGCUCAGUUUAACUCUAUGUUUCUAUUAAACUAGUGGGAUCAUUGUUGUGAAAACAAAGAGGAUUAUCAGAUAAUGCCAUCUCACAAUAAGCUGAUAUCUAUUAACUCUGCUAAACACUUUUAUUUCUAUCUAAACUUUCACAUGGAGAAUUAUCAAGAAAUUUCAGAAAAACUGAACAGAGCCCAGACCAGUAUUUAAAAAAAUAUUUCAACAUAGACCAAUUGCCCCCCAUUCUACUCAAAUCAGAUAUGAAGGAGCACUGUCAAGCUUGGAUUUAUCUUUACUGGUAAUCCCUAAAUCCUAGACUGCUUGUGGUAUGUAGUGAUCUAAAGGACACCCAAGGGAGCUUUAGCUGAAGCCAAAGUUGAACUAGCCUGUCAGUAUUAUUGUGCUCUGGGCUCUACAACUCAUUGAUGCCUACACAUUUUAUUUGUUCAUGUUGGUGCACUGGUUAGCUUUUUUAAAAGUGGUACAAUAUGUGUCAAACAAUGAUAUUGCUGUUUAGAUCUGGGACAUAUAAACCAAAAUGAAUUAGCAGAGGGACUUUACACAUGGAGUGUUCAGAAAGGUGGGAUCUCUAACUCCAGGUUCUGAGCAAUCACAGAUAAAUAAUUCUAAGAUCACACUGCUCUAUGGGUUUUUUUUAUUCCGUCAAAUCAAUGAUCAUGCAGCAAGUUGAGUUGAGUCAUGGAAUUAUUUAUCUAUGAAUGUUGGUUGCCACUUGUCUGAAAUUUAUAGCAUUAAGCACUGGGGAAAAAAACAAAAAUUCAGCUAUAAUUUGUAUCAACCUUUUUUCAUAAAAUGCUCUGGUUUCUUUGAAAUGUAUGUUAAAGAUUUAGUAAAAUGACACCAUAAUCCAUCUCAGACAAGGCAAAGCCAGGACAAAUGAAGAGGGCGAAAACAGAAAUAUAGUUUAAUUUCUCAUCUCCUUUGUAUGCAUUCUCCAUGCUGACUGCCAGGUACAAAAAACAGAGCUUAUAACAAUGACUGUCAGGGAGCUAAGAUGGCGGCUUCCAGUGGCAGGACAAAGUGGUGGGGAUUUCUACAUUUAUUUUUAUUUUUCAUAACUCAAAAAUACAUAUGUUAAAUAUAAGGAUACGUAAACAAAAUAUUAAAUAUCCUAGGAAGUGAUGAGCGAAUAAUUGGGAUAAUCCUGAAAACCUCUAGAAUGUAAGCUCAUAUGAACAGGCCGUCAUUAAAUUAUUGUCUCUGUUAUCAUUUGUAAUAGUUUGCCUUUAAUGUGCUGCUUUAUAAAGCUGUAAAGUGCUGAAAUUCUGCUGGCACUAUAUAUAGGAUGAUAAUAAUUAUAACCCUUCCAGUUGGUGGUUUCCGAGGAUUACCUGUGAGGAUCCUAGUUGUAAAAAAUUAUAUUAUAAUCACUUAAUAAUGACGAUUAAGCAGACAUUGGUAGAAUAAUAGGAUCAAUAAUCUGAAAGCGAUAUGAAAACAUAAAAGUAUUAAUUUCUUCUUUGAGAGAUAUGUUUAGUAAAAAAUAAUUAUGCUAUUGUAUCCUUUAAUAUAUGUUUGCAAUUAAACUGUAAGAAUGUUAAUGUUUAUCAUUAACAUUCCAUAUAACUCCUGUCUAUAUAAGAGUUAACUCCUUCCAUCCCACCAAUGUGUAUAUACAUACUAACUUUCAUUUUGCAUUGUAUAGUUAUGCAAAAUUAUAUUGAGCCCAUGAAGCCAAACCAGAGACAAAUUAAGGUUGCCCAGGACCCUAGACAGGAUGACAGAUUUGGGCCCUUUCCCAGAGCCCAGGGUCAUGCAUGUGACCCGGCUGAAUCCAGUGCCCCAUUAUGGGAGGGACCCACUACAAUAGCCUUCUCCCCCACAUGUAUCACUGUGCUCUUAUUCCCCCUUCACAUACACUCUGCUACCACACUUUACAAUUCCCAUAUCCACAUCCUUCAAUGUCCAUAUCCACUUUCCCAUACUUUACAAUCCCCCUUUGCAAAUGUUUCAAUACCCAUAUUCCCCCCCUUCCUAUAUUUCACAAUCCGUAUAACCCCUUCCCACACAUCCCAAUACACAUACCUCCUUCUAAAUUUUUACAAUACCCACAUCCCUUUGCACACUUCUUAAUAAUCAUAUCACCCAUGCACACUACACAAUGCUCAAAUAAUUCCCCCCCAGUAUUUAUCCUUUCAUUUCCUUUCCGUUUAUGAGUCUCCUCUUACCUACCUUGGCUCCAGAAAAAUUGCCAAGUGGUAUGGGAGUCAGAGUCCAAGGAAUGAUUUUGUUCAGGACUCGGUCAGGGGUCACGUACUGUGUGUAGUGGGUGGAAAUAUUAUGUAAAGUCAUACCCCGCUCCAUAUAGGCACUCGCAGCCAAACUUACCAUCCAUUUUUGAUUCUCCACUGCUUUUAAGCCUGCAGAGAAACCAAAGGCUCCAUUCUCUAUUUUUGCAUCUCUGCAAAGGCUUUGUAAAUUGUGACCCACUCCCUCCUCCAACGCUACAGAACAACUUUUUCAUUGCUUCAUCUUGGCAUUCAGGGGGAUUGUUUGCAGCCUGCAAUAGAAGUUUGGCAUACCUUGUAUAGUACAGAAAAUCUUUGUUACUGUACUUACUUAUGCGACUAUUGUGCAGAGACUAUUUUUACCUCCUGGUACAAUUUUUAGGAAGCAUUAUUCCCAGAUAUACAAUCAGUCUCCUUACAAGUAUACAUUGCCAGGAUACUAUAUUUGUAGUAUAUUCUGGAUCUUUUGGUUUUACUAUACAUUUCAAAGUGGAUUAUUUUAUCUAAUCUGCUAGGUUUAGCCCCUCUGUGUAUAUAUUAUUAAGCACCAGAACUUCCUAUUUGUACUUUAUAACCGGGGUAAGUAUUACAUGUUAUUCAUUAUUUAUGAAAUGAGAAUAAAAAAUAUAUAUUUCUCAUACCUUAUGUAAUAUUUGGCAAUAUAAGGCAUACUAUGCAAUCAUAUAAAACAUGUAAAUAAUGAACAAAUAAAUUAAAUUUAACAUUGUUUGAUUUCAUUUUUACAUACCAUUGAACAGCACUUUGUAAAUAAUUUGUCGUAUCCUGUGUUUUAGCAUUCCAUUUUCAAAUAAACGCUGUGCUAUUUAUUUUUUAACAAAAAUAACUUGGUAGUGAAAUGGUUAACAGAAGGAGCCUGUGAGAAGGAAUUAAUCACAAUUCCAUCAAAUAUGAUCAUGGUAUUUUAUAACACAAUUUCUGAAAAUGUUAGUACCAUGAACUUGUGUCUGUAGAAGUGUGGUUUCUAAAGAUAAACAAUAAAAUAUAGAAACAUGCAAUAUACCACUUCCACAAUUGUUGGGAACUAUAAUUUGUAGUGUCAGCCAUUCAACCUGCACUUCCUAGCACAGUUAAAGUAAGGGGUAUACUCAAUAAAUGGCACAUUUAUCUGGAAUGCAGCACUGUACUUUUUAGAUUAAAGGCUACUGCAAAUCGUAGAAGGCAGAGAAGGUAAGGCAUUUGUUGUCCCCUUUUCUUUAUAAAGAGGAGCCGAAUAUAGUCCUGAUGUAAAAAUUGGUUUCUCGGCCAGUUGAAAAAGAGUAAGACAGAAGCAGCAUUAAUAUUAUUAUCAGCUCAAGAGUAAAAACUGUUAUGUGAUUCACUAACAGGUGUAUUCACAAAAGUGAGAAUUCAAACCGAAUUUCAAAGUUAAAGGGGCACUAUGGUGUCAGGGACACACACAUGUAUUCUAGACACUAUAGUUCUAAUUUCAAUUUCUAGCACCUCAGCCCCCUCUCAGAAAAGUAAAAGGGUUAAAACUCUCCUCGUGUCUGGCCCCAUCAUGGAUCUGCCUCCUUGGCUGACAUUGAAUCAAUGCAUCUCCAUGGUGCAAGUUCAGUGUCUCCAUGCAGAGCACUGUGCAACACUGCCCCAGGAAGUACCUCUAGUGGACGUCUGAGGAGUGGCCACUAGAGGUGUACCUAGGCUGUAAUGUAAACACUGUCGUUUCUCUAAAUGAUUAUACUCACCAGAACAAAAACAUUAAGCUGUGGUUGUUCUGGGGACUAUAGUGUACCUUUAAGGUCAAAAUAGCCUAACUGGAAAAUUCUCUAAAUCAGCUAUGCUUUCUAUUCGGCUACUCUUGCCUUAAAUUUUAAAUUCAUUUUUAAUUUACUAAGAAUUCACACUUUAGAGAAGAAAAUGCAGGACUUGGUUUGAUAUUCCAGCACUAUAAUGCAUAAUAUUGAUGUGUGAGUUUUCAUUAGUCACUCUGCUUACUAUAUUUACUUUAUAAUUGUCAGCACUCAGAAACACAGUUACUCUUGAGUAACAUCAAGACUUUAUUGAUUUUAUUAAUUUUUUCCUAAACUCCUAAAAUAUAAGCAAAUCUUUCAAGCAAUAUUAGCAAAUCUUUCAAUCUUUUUUUUUUUUUCAAAUUGUAAUGUUUUAUUUAUAAAAACGUGUUUUAUUUCUGAUUUGUGUAAUAUCUAGAUUUAAAACAUGUGCUGCUUUUAUUCCAUUAAUUCUGUCUAAAAUACUUUGGCAUUAUCCAUUUUAUCAGCAUUUUUUUUUUUUUAAAUGGUUACUUUAAACACCAUGACCUCUUCAGUAAUUCAAAGUGGUCUUAGUGCUUACGGUCUUUAUGCUCAGAGUUUCCGUUUGGAACACUGCAUAUGGAAAGUUAAAGUCCUUUGCUGCCAGGGCGGUAACUCCACCUCUGGCAGUGUCAUUUGCCAGCUUGCAAUGUGAUUUCUGCCUAAUGUUAAAUCUGUGCAUAUUUAGCGUCUGUCGUCAGCAUGCAUAACAAGAUAUUAACAGAUGACCUAUGGUGGCUCUAUCCACCUCUCCAUGCUGUCCAAGUCAGCCCUUUCUCUCUGAUAUCCCUCCCCUUGCAGUAAUAGGGAGUGAUGUAAUCUGAUGAGAAUUAGAAUGUCAGGAAAACUUGGCCUCAGCAUGGGAUUACAGGAAAGUUUAAAAAAAAAAAAAAGAUUUCUACAUUAUUUUUUCUUUUAAACAGGGAGUGCAUGCCAGAAAGGAUUACUCUAAACAAAGACAAAGUAUUAAAACACUGUUUUCGGUUGGACAAUCCUUUAAUUUAAGUUCAAUAAAAUAUGUAAAGUAAUCUUCUAAAUAAUCAUAUAAAUAUAAAUUUUAAACAUUUAACAUGGUGACUUACAAAUUAAAAUAUAUCAUAAACUAUCAAAACAUGUUUAAACAAACAAAAAAGUGGGACAAAAUGGCCAUGCUCUAUCUGUAACUCUCUAAUCUGGCAGAAGGCAUCUGGCAGAGCUUGUCCAUGCUCUAGUAAUUUCCCACAUGGAUUACUGUAACCCUCUCCUGAUUGGUCUCCCCAAAAGCCGUAUUGCCCCGCUACAGUCUGUAAUGAAUGCUGCAGCUAGACUGAUUUUCCUCUCUAGUCGGUCCUCUCACACAUCACCCCUCUGCCAGUCCUUACAUUGGCUCCCUGUAUCCUAUAGGAGUCAAUUCAAAGUACUAACCCAUACAUUUAAAGCACUGAACAAUUCUAGCCCCUCUUAUAUCUCCUCAAUGAUCCAUAGGUAUGCCCCUCCUCGUUCCCUCUGCUCUGCCCGAGACCACCUCCUGACCGCUGCUUGCACCCAUACAGCCAAUUCGCGCUUGCAGGACCUCUCACGGGUGGCUCCUUUCCUAUGGAAUAGCCUGCCUACCACCAUCAGAAUCUCCCCUAGUCUUCAAUCAUUUAAGAAGUGCCUUAAAACCCAUCUCUUCUGGAAAGCUUAUGGCCUCCCAGAGUAACCUCUACCUUACAUACCUGUCUCUUGCUCUCUCCUAUAGGGCAGCACUGUACCCCCUCCUCCAGCUCUGCUUCACUCCCACCCUAUUUGAUAUUUCCUGUCCUAAUGUGUCUUAUACCCCACCUCCUAUAGACUGUAAGCUCGUUUGAGCAGGGUCCUCUUCAACCUAUCGUUCCUGUAAGUUUUCUUGUAAUUAUCCUAUUUAUAGUUAAAUUCCCCCUCUCAUAAUAUUGUAAAGCGCUACGGAAUCUGUUGGCGCUAUAUAAAUGGCAAUAAUAAUAAUAAUAAUAAUAAUAAUAAUAUAAGCCUUCGGAAUCACAUGAACUGAUACUGUUAUUAUGGUUUGGGGAUGUUUCCAGAGGUAUCCCCAAAACAUUUACAUCACUGCUUUUCAUGAGAAGGAACUGUGGACAGUGUUAAGUGCAAACGGGUUCGUCUUGAGCUCCAAAAAUCACGAACCAUAGCAGGAAACAAAAUAAUUAGUUGUGGUUGAACGUGCUUAAAAAGUUAAAAUCUAAAAAGCAACACUGUACUUUACUAGAAACAUAUUUUUGGUUGGUUUGAAUGAGGAUGGAAGCAAUUUGUAGAAUAAUUCCCCUUUAAUGUAUUGUUAUUGUAUAAGGAGCUUUAUUAUUAGUAAAUCUAAUGACUGAUGGAAUUGAUAUUUCAGAAAAAGAGACAAAGGCUUAAAUUUGAGACAAGCGUGGGAGGAAGGCAAUGUUAUAAAGAAAACUCAAAUUUGAUAUAUAGUACAGCAGAAAAAAAGGAAACUGAAUUAUAUCAAGAAUGAGGAUGUAUACAGGAACAGGAGAGCUUGUUUGCUUGAUGAAUUCCUCCCAAUGAGUCAUUAUCUAAUGAUAUUUAAAGCAGUUUCUCUAUCUAAAUUCCAGCACUAAACCAUUCAGAUCAUUCAGUACUGAGUCACUGGAGGAGAUUCUUUAAGCUACUAAAUUGGCUGUUUUGACUUUAAAAGGACACUGGCGUAAAUAGAGUUCAUUUUUUUCCCCUUCUUUUUCAUAACAAAAGUUCUAAUCUUUGGUCCUCUGUGUCUACAAACUGGCCAAAUACUUUAAAAUAUCACCAGUUGAGCGCAGCCGGAUUAAUUGCUAAAUGCUGUUCUACAUAAUCCAGCCAGUGAUAAUCUUCGCAUCCAAAACUUUCAAUUCAAAGGUUAUAAGGAAAGAACUGUAACUACAUGACUAAAAAUGUGUCGGAAUAAUUUGAUUAUAGCAAAGGUUACUCUAUUGAUAUUAAACAUCCACUAUAGAAUAUCUGGCUGAUAUACUUUCACACCUUGUAAGAAUCAAACUUUUUUCAAAGAGCAGGAGAUGUUUUUAAGUCCUAUGCUGUAUAGUGAAUUCAUGAGGCAUUAUAAAACAAAACGCGUGGUAUCAAUGACACUGUGCUUUGCGGAGCCUCUACUCUUAAGAUGAACCCAGGACAGACAUGUCCCAGCCUGCCCAAGAAUAGUAGGAGUUACACUCCAGACAGCAGCUAUUUAUAGCUGUUAUCAUAAAUUUAGUCCUGAUUUACCAGAAUAUGAGCUGAUGGCAACAGAGAAAAGCAAGCAAAAGAGUUGCAUUAAAGAGUCACUCCAAGCACCAUAACUAGUACAGCCUGCUUUAAUGGUUGUGGUUCAAGAAAUGCCAUUUUUAGCAUGGUUUGACUACUUACCCAUGUUCCACUGCACUUCUGUGCCAUAUCUGUUCUAUCCAUUCUUCUCUAAACUUGAUGUCACUUUAGAACAAAGCAGGACCAAUGCAGGACCGCAAUUAUUGCUGACAGAGUUCAAGUGAUGCUCUAACCCAAUAAUUGUUGCCCUAAUUUGCUCUAAAGUGACUUCUGAUUUAUUCUAAAGUGGGAAAGCAGUGAAUUUGCUGAGAUCAUCAAGGUUCAUGAUCUCUGUAAUAGAGGCUGGGCCAGCUGCGGCACAAUGGAGAAAAGCAAGUAAAUACCCUUUAUCUCCAAUCUGAGGGAGGCAGGGAGCAAAAUAUCUAUUCCAGCACUAAAGCAUUUUAUAUAUAUAUAUAUAUUUGUAUUCCAAACACUAUUGUGUUCCUUUACAAUUAUGGCUACAAUCAGUAAAUACAAUACAGUAUAUCAGUGGGAGUUUUGCUCUAAGGUGGCUGCUGCUUUUACUGCUGCCACCAUUAAUUCAGCUGAAAUGGCUACAGCUGCUAUCUGGGAGAGGAAAUCCCUCUAAUCUCUGGCAGGUUGGGAUGUGUAUGUCCAGGCGCUCACUAAGAUUAGGGAGUCUAUAUUGUAAAGAGACAGCCAAACAGGCCUUUACAGAAAUAAUGAACGUGCAAAAUCACCAUCUCUGCAGUAGUGACUUAUACUUUACAAUUUGUUAAAGGGACACUAUAGUCACCUGAACAACUUUAGCUUAAUGAAACAGUUUUGGUGUAUAGAACAUGCCCCUGCAGCCUCACUGCUCAAUCCUCUGCCAUUUAGGAGUUAAAUCCCUUUGUUUAUGAACCCUAGUCACACCUCCCUGCAUGUGACUUGCACAGCCUUCCAUAAACACUUCCUGUAAAGAGAGCCCUAUUUAGGCUUUCUUUAUUGCAAGUUCUGUUCAAUUAAGAUUUUCUUAUCCCCUGCUAUGUUAAUAGCUUGCUGGACCAUGCAAGAGCCUCCUGUAUGUGAUUAAAGUUCAAUUUAGAGAUUGAGAUACAAAUAUUUAAGGUAAAUUACAUCUGUUUGAAAGUGAAACCAGUUUUUUUCCCAUGCAGACUCUGUCAAUCAUAGCCAGGGGAGGUGUGGCUAGGGCUGCAUAAACAGAAACAAAGUGAUUUAACUCCUAAAUGACAGUGGAUUGCGCAGUGGAAUUGCAGGGGAAUGAUCUAUACACUAAAACUGCUUUAUUUAGCUAAAGUAAUUUAGGUGACUAUAGUGUUCCUUUAAUAAAACAGCUGAUUAUAAUGCAGAUUGUUGUGUAUAUGGAUGCAUUAAAGGGGAAUAUUAUGUUUAAUUAUGAUACACUGAUCAGCCACAACAUUAAAAGCACUUGCCUAAUAUCAUGUAGGUCCCCCUUGUGCUGCUAAAACACAUUCUGAUGUGUUGAGGCAUGAGCUCUACAAGACCUCUGAGCAUGCCCUGUGGUAUCUGCCACCAAGACAUUAGCAGCAGGUCUUUUAAGUCCUGCAAGUUGCAACAUGGGGAGUCCAUGUUUCGAAUUUGUUGUUCCAGCACAUCCCACAGAUGUUCAAUCAGAUUGAGAUCUGGGGAAUUUUGGAGGCCAAGGCAACACCUUGAACUCUUUGUCAUGUUUCCCAAACCAUUCCUGAAUAAUUUUUGCAGUGUGGCAUUAUCCUGAUGAAAGAGGCCACUGUCAUCAGGGACCGUCAUUGCCAUGAAGGGGGGGUUACAUGGUCUGCAAUCUCGAGGUAGGUGGUACAUGUAUAGAAAAAGAAUGUGCAACCUCCAAUGGCGCUAAUGAGGUGCCGCCAAUCCCUCUAGGGGAAUUAAUCACCCAAUUCCACCAAAUCAGUAUAAAUACAAAGAAAAACACAAAACAGUGGGGGGCACACUUUACAUGCAAUCUUACAAAAGUGCAAGUGCAAAAUAUACAUGUGAUAUAAUAAAGGUGCUUAUACCCUAAUUAGGUUUGGUUCCACAAGUGGAUUUUUUUUGAGCCUGUAUGAACUGGCUCAGGUAAAACAGCUUGUGGACUGGUGAUGGUAUUUUCAAAUUGAAGAUCUGGCAGGUAAAUAGAAGUACAAUGUUUUUAGCCAAACGUCCUUUUUAAACACAAUGUGUUUCGACCUAUUUACAGGUCUUCCUCAGGUGUAGUUUAUGUCUGAACAGUGGUGUAUCCUGGUUUUGUGCUGCCCUAGGCAGGACAAAACUCAGGCGCCCCCCUCCCCCCCGCGCCACCCCCACCCAACCCUUCCCCCCGCCCCACCUUCUAAAUACACACACACACAGUCAGACACAUACACACACACACACAGUCAGACACAUACACACACACACACAGUCAGACACAUAUACAAACACACACAGUUGGGAUACAUACAGAUAGUUUAUACACAUUAUUACAUAGCUGGUCAAUACGACAUGCCUGUGAGCAAAAACAACACACAUUGAAUAGUCAGACACAUUAAGUCAGAUAGAUACAACAUAUUACAGAGACACACAAAGUCAUAUACACACACACACAAAUAUACAUAUUACACACAUAAAGUUAGACACAUAUUGGUUACAGACACAAAUACACACACAGACACAUUUUCACAGUCACAUAUGACAAUAAUACACACAGUCAGACACAUACACAGACACAAACACAGACACAAACACACACAGUCAGACACAAACACACACACAGUCAGACACAGACACAAACACACAAACACACACAGUCAGACACAAACACACACACACAUUAACUUUUUUUUUUAAUUUAAAUCCCCCCCCAACCUCCUUACCUUUGGGAGUGCUGGGGGGGUCUCUCUCCCUGGUGGUCCAGUGGCUGCAGGGCGGGCGGGCGGCCGGCGAGGGAGCACUUCCCAUGAGCUGACUGCUCAGCUCCCUCGCGCGUCGGCUGCAGAGUGAGGCUGGGAACCGGAAGAUGACGUCAUCUUCCGGCUCCCAGCCUCACUUUGCGGUGCGCGAGGGAGCUGAGCAGUCAGCUCAUGGGAAGUGCUCCCUCGCCGGCCGCCCGGGAUGUCAGUUAGCCGCAAGGCUAACAAGGCAUCUGCCCUGGGCAUUUGGGGGGCGGCGUUUUUUGCCGCCCCCUGAAAAAUGCCGCCCAAGGCAAAUGCCUUGUUUGCCUCGCGGCUAAUACGUCCCUGUGUCUGAAUAAACUGUUCCAAGUUUAUAUACCCUUCUUAAUUACACCGGAAUUCAACACACAUGAAAAGGAGCCCUCCCCUCUUUUCCAUAUAUUAUCCGUGCAGGAUGUACACCACCAUCCAACCAUAGUGCAUCGUACAUGUACAUGAUAACAUCAUAGGCGUGCACAGCCUAUUGCAUUAGGGUGUGCACCCUAAAGCACAAGCACACGCCGCGUAUAUGUAUGUAUGUGUAUAUAUAUAUAUAUAUAUAUAUAUAUAUAUACACACUGCUGUGUGUGUGUGUGCUGUUUGAGGGUGCUGGUAGUGUGCUAUGUGGGUGUUUGUGUGUGUGUGCGCUUGUGAGGGUGCUGUUACUGUACUGUGUGUGAAGGUGCUGUUUGUGUGUGAGGGUACUGGUAGUGUGCUGUGUGUUUGUUAGGGUCCUGUUAGUGUGCUGUGUAAGGUUGCUGUUUGUGAGGGUACUGUUAGUGUGCUGUGUGUGUGUGAGGGUGCUGUAUGUGUUUGUGUGCUGUAUGUGUGUGGGUGCUGUAUGUGUGUGGGUACCGGAUGUGUGUGGGUGCCGGAUGUGUGUGUGUGGGUGCUGUGUGUGUGAGUGCUGUGUGUGUGUGGGUGAUGUGUGUUCUGUUUGUGUUGUGUAUGUGUGUGGGUGAUGUGAUGUUUCUUUGCUGUAUGUGUGUGGGUGCUGUGUGUGUGUUCUGUAUGUGUGUGGGUGCUGUGUAUGUGUGCUGUUUGUGUGCUGCAUGUGUGUGUGUGUGCAUGUGUGUGUGUGCUGUUUGUGUGCUGUAUGUGUGUGUGCUGUAUGUGUGUGUGUGCUGUAUGUUUGUGUGCUGUAUGUGUGUGUGUGCUGUGUGUGUGUGUAUGUAUGCUUUAUGUGUGUGUGUGUGCUGUAUGUGUGCUGUAUGUGUGUGCUGUGUGUGCUGUAUGUGUGUGCUGUGUGUGUGUGUGUGUGUGUGUGUGUGUGUGUGUGUGUGUGUGUGCUGUAUGUGUGUGUGUGUGUGUGUGUGUGUGUGUGUGUGUGCUGUUUGGGUGAUGUGGGGGUGGAGGUGGGGGCAGAUUAAAGAUCCUCCCUCCCUUCCUACCUUAUGUAGGGAGGGGGGACCGUGCUGCUGCCUUCCCUGGUGGUCCAGUGGAGGUGGGGGCAGAUUGCCAGGGAGGGGGGAUCCUUUCUGCCUUCCCUGGUGGUCCUAGUAGAGAGAGUGAACUCUAGCCUGCGGGGCUAGAGUUCACUCUCGCGAGAUCUGAGUGUUGCCGCGGUAACAGCGGCAAUGCUCAGAUUUCGCGAGAGGAACCCGGCCGAGCUGCUGGCAAGAGCUCCCCGGGUCCUCUCCUGCCACCCUCCUUGCCUGUGGGCCGGUGGGGAGGGAGGCUGAGCCUGAGAUCUCCCCUGCCGGUCUCAAUACAUAGGCGUGCCGCGGGGAUUAGGGUGUGCCCAGGCACACCCGGCACACACCGUGCGCACGCCCGCACAUGAUGCCAGGACCCAAGGUUUCCCAGCAGAACAUUGCCCAGAGCAUAACACUGUCUCUGCCAGCCUGCCUUCUUACCAUAGGGAAUCCAGCGUCCAUCGCCUCUCCAGGUAAAUGACGCGCAUACACCCGUCAAUCCACCUGAUCUAAAAGAACACUUGAUUCAACAGACCAUCAGGCAAGCAUGCUUCGUUGCUCCAUGUUCCAGUUCUGAUGCUCACAUCCCCAUUAUAGACGCUUUUGGUGAUGGACAUGGGUAAUUAUGGGCAAUGCACUGUGUUUUCUAACCUUUCUAUCAUGGCAGCAUUACGUUUUCUGCAAUUUGAGCUACAUUAACUCUUCUGUGUGAUUGAACCAUAUUGGCUUGCAUUCGCUCCCUAAGUGCAUCAGUGAAUGUUGGACACCCAUAACGCUUACGCUGGUUCAUCGGAUGUCCUUUUUUGCACCACUUUUGGUAUGUACUAACCACUGUAUACCAGGAACACCCCACAAGACUUGCCAUUUUGGAGGUGCUCUGACCCAAUUGUCUAACCAUCACUAUUUGGCCCUUGUCAAAGUCACAUAGACCUUUUCUCUUGCCCAUUUUUCCUUCUUGCUGCCUAAUAUAUGCCAUUGUAACCAUAUGCUCAAUGUUAUUCACUUCACCUCUAAGUGGUUUUAUUGUCCUGGCUAAUCAGUGUAUAUUUAACAAAUAUGUAUUUGUGAAGAGUGAAAAAUCUAAUUAAAUGUAGAAAUUCACACCUCUUUAUCCUGCAACUGGGUGCCUCCAUCUUCGCCCCCUGUCAAUCAUAGUUUUUUUCUUGUUUUUUUGGUUUUAAUUCUUUACUUUUGUUGUGCAAAUAGUAACAUACACGCUUGUUGCGCCACAACUGCAGGACAAGCGAGGAAAUAAUAGGCAGUAUAAGAUUAUAACAUGGCAUGCAGAGCAAUUGCAUACAUUUUAUAGUUAUGGUGUUCUAGCAGGUAAGCUGAGUACCGUAAAUUAAGUGUAUAACAAGCCUAACAAACACGUCAGAGAGUAUUAAACGCAUAGUAGACUAUUCAGAUAGUUAUGUCAAUAAUAAAAAACAAUUGAGUAGACAUGACUUAAUUCUGUAUCUGUCUAGCAUAUACAUCACUAUGGACUACUCCUGGGAUUAAAAUAAACUAAAACUUUAACUGUUCAGGCGCUCAUGUUUCAGGUAAUAAUACAAGAAAAGUAAAUGAGUAAAAACAUUAUGCUAGGCGUAGUUGACCAGAGGGUUGUUUCACUGCAGCAUCAUUGGGAAUUAAUUGCUAUCUAUGUGUAGAGUACAAAAGAAUAAGUCUGUAUGAAUCAAACUGGGCUAGUAUUUUCCUGUGUAGAUAUAAGGGCAAAGAUUAGCUCAGAGAGGGCCCUCUAAUCAUGACAGAGUAGGGUGAUGUAUAAAAUUAAAGAAGGCAUAUCAUAAGCAUGAGUAAUGAAAAUAAUACAAUUAAUAAAACCACUGGAGACUCAGUAGGUAAGCCCCGCAGUCCUCUGGGCAUAGUGCUUUGAGAUUGCCGUCAAUGGCAUGUUUACAAGCCCCUCCGGUAUGCAAGCUACGGCACACUCCCGCCACUGACUCAUUUGCAGGAAGCGAUGCCAGGGUUCCGGCAAGUUGGAGAGUCUGGUGAGUACCACUCUGUCAGCCCUAGGCCCUGUUUGAGCCCUCAUUCUGUGCCCACGGUAACAGCUCCACUAGUGGCCAGCAACAGAGAUCCUGGUUGGGGUGAUUCGCCCAGACAUUGGGCUGCAUGUGAGGAACAUCCUCGCAGGGCUCAAUGCCCAGGAAGGCGGCAAUGGGGACCGGACCCGAUCGCCUGGCACAAAGGCUCGGGCACCCAAUUCCUCUACUGGUUGCUGGUGUGGCAAGACAGGCCAGGGGUGGGUGCAUCAGCCAGCUCAUAGUAGUGAUGUGGUUUCUGUCUGCUGGUAGUCAGCUUUUCCAGUACAGACCGUAAGGCAGCCAUUUUGUCUGGAAAGCGCGGGUGUCUGAAAGCAGGAUAGGUCAGUAGGAUCUGUUCCUGAUGGUGUUGGAUCCCUCCAGUGGGGACCCCCCACCGGUCAAUGGAGGCAGGGAACAGGGCUUGUGAGGAGUGUCACAGGGCUUCCAUGCGGCUGCUAGGUUUAUGAACAGGGCGACAGCCGUCCACUCUGCUCCUCUCCCAUGUAGGCCGCAGGAUCCAAAGUUUCAUAUAGCCCUCAGGGUCCUCAAAACUCCCGAUCUUGGGGUCUGCAGUAGUGCCAACAGCUCCCUGCUCACUUCGCUGUACUUCUAGGCUGAAAUGAGAGCAGUGUGCCAUAGUUUUUAGCCGAAAUGGACAGAUUUUGCAGAAGCCUCUCCCGCAUGCGACCAGUCAGCAUGACAGUCAGGCCCUCCCCCGUCAAUUAUUAUUAUAAGAUUUGCCCUUUGCAUCUGACAGCUAUCAUAGGAUUAUACAGAGAAGAGAUGAAAUUAAACAAUGCUUCUGUUUCUCCUCUGCAAGGAUUAAUUUGAUUUUAUCUUGUCUUGAAAAAAUGUUAACACAAGCUAUAGGUGAUUUUCAAUGUUUUUUUCAAUGGUGUAAAUUCGAAAGAAGCGACAGGGUCCCUUUAAGAUUGAAAAUGUAUGUCCCAUAAACAUUUUGCCAUGAAUACAUAUAUUUUCUAGUGUAAGUAAAAAUCUGUACCUUCCUGGAAUAACACUCAUACACAAAGUAAGAUUUUCCUGAUGUAAAUAAAUCCUGACACUACUGCACCCAAACCAGUUUGAUGUCUGUUAAAACCUAAGUAGCAUCAUACUCCGUUUGUUUUUAGAUGGUAUGAUAAAAAUUGCUAAUUUUAUGGGUUCAGUUCUCAAGAGUAGCUUAUUCAUAUAAGAACCGUUUAUGAUAUUUUCUCUGCCCUCUGCUCUACAUAUUGCUGCAUUCUCUUUGCUCACAUGGCUGUCUCACAUACAUUUCCCCUUUUGGUGCCGAAUGCUUUCUUUGUCUCCAAGUGUUUGGUUCCCCAUUCCGUUAAAUCUGCACCAUUUCACAUUCAUGGCAUGAGUAGAAACAAUUGUUUUCUUUAAUAUAGUUUGUUAAUUAUGGGCAUAGUUGGUUAAUUCUGGAUUAAGCUGACAUUAUAAUAAAUUAACCUUACUGCCUACAUGUGACCAUUAACAGGUUAAAGGGAAAUCGUCACUUCACAGUAAUUUACUUAAUGUAAAAUACAUUAAAAAUCAACUAUAACUUGUGUUAGCUUUUUUGUGAUGUCACUUUUCUGUGAUGUCACCAAUUAAUUUAAACAUGUGCCUUAAAGGGACACUGUAGGCACCCAGACUACUUCAGCUCAUGGGAGUUUGCAUCCAGAAGUAGUCUGGGUGCAAACUCCCAUCACCCUUAACUCUGAGCAUGUAAUUAUUGCAGUUUUUAUAAACUGCAGUAAUUAUCUGCUAGGGUUAACUCUUCCUCUAGUUGCUGUCUACCAGGGAGCCACAAGAGGGACUUCCAGGUUCUUAGACGACUUUUGGUCGUCUAAAUGACACUGGACAUCCUAACGCUAUGCAAGAGGACUUCCAGCGUCACCGGACUCCCCAUAGGAAAGCAUUAAAUAAUGCUUUCCUAUGGGGAGAUCCUAAUGCGAGCGCGGCCAUUGCCUUGCAUACGCAUUAGGUCUCCCCUGCCGGCGGACGUUGGCGGGGGGAGGAGCGUGGGCGGCAGGGCCGGACUGGGGAUACGAAGCAGCCCUGGAAAAAAAUCUAUGCCAGCCCCAUAAUUCAUUGUGCUAUGUAGAAUAUAUAUAUAUAUAUAUAUAUAUAUAUAUAUAUAAAAUUGAAAUAGUUGGCUGCACUCUCGGAUUUCCUUAAAAUGUAAUUUUUAUUGAAAUAUUUAAGAGAAGAUCACUGUUUCAGUCCCUCUUGUGGACUUUCAUCAUGAUCCUGAUGCAAGUCCACAAGAGGGACUGAAACGUUGAUCUUCUCAAAUAUUUCAAUAAAAGUUACAUUUUAAGGAAAUCCAAGCGUGCAGCCAACUAUUUCAAUUGCCUAUAUAUAUAUAUACUGGAUACUGGAGCCCUGGUGAUGCAACAGUAUAUAUAUAUAUAUAUGUAUAUAUAUAUAUAAUUUAUUUAUUUUUUAUUGAUACAUUUCUUCUUCUUCAAAAUAUUAGUUCUUUUAGGGUAAUUAAAUUAUAUAGUAACGCAUACUCACACACAGACAAUCUUACUGAUGCACACAAAUAGGCUCAUUGACAGACAAUCUCAAUGACACACACAGACAAGGUUACUGGCACACACACAAAUUUAGUACAGACAAACUCUGAUACACACACAAGCUUACUACAGACAAGCUGUCACACACACGCUCACUACAGACACGCUCACUGAUGCGCACACACUCUCCCUACAGACAAGCCCAUUGACACACACAUGCUCCCUACAGAAGAGCUCAUUAACACACAGAUUCACUACAGACAUGCUCACUGACACACACAUAUGGUCACUACAGACAAGCUCACGAUCACACUCAUGCUUACUACAGACAAGCUCACUGUACACACAUACUCACCACAGACAGGCUCCGACUCACCCAUGCUCCUUACAGACAAGCUCAUUAACACACACACACAUAUUAUCCCUACAGACAAGCUCACUCACUAGCAGGCACACACACAAACUCACUAGCAGGUACAGACACACAGAGGCUCCCUCACUAGCAGAUGUGCAUGCACACACACACACACACAGAGGCAGACAGUCACUGACAACGAGGAAAACAUCCACACAUACAAAGACAGGCAGACAGCCACACACACACAGGCAGACUGUCAAACACACAGGCAGACAGCCACAUACACAGGCAGACAGCCACACACACACAGGCAGUCACACACACACAGGCAGUCAGACACACACACACAGGCAGUCAGACGCAGACAGUCACUCACACGCAGGCAGUCACUCACACACACAGGCAGACAGACACACACAGUCACACGCACACAGUCACACACACACAGUCAUACACAGGCAGUCACACACACAAACAGACACACAGUCACACACACACAGACACACAUGCACAGUCACACAGUCACAGACAGUCACACACAGACACACUGGCCUCGCCUCCCCCUAAUACACUGCUGACCCUCCCCACACAUACCCCUCCCCUCCCCAAUACAUUACUGACCCCCCCUCCCCCAAUACAUUACUGACCCCCCCUCCCCUAAUACAUUGACCCUCCCCAAUACAUUACUGCCCCCCCUUCUCUCCCCAAUACAUUACUGACCCUCCCCCAAUACAAUAGAUCCCCUCAAGCCCCUUUAUUCUUACCUUUCCAACAGCUCAAUGUUGCAGGAGGGAAGAGAGGCCGCAAUCUAAUCGGAGUAGGUACGGCCGCCGCGCAGCCGCCGGAUGUGACGUCAUGUCGUCAUUUGCCGCUCACAUCUGGCGGUUGAUGGCUAACAGGAAGUAUCUGUGCGCUCGCACAGGAAGCAGCCGCGGCCAGUGCGGCGCGGAUGUGGCUGCGCCGGCCGCAUAGGCGAACAGAAUUUUUUUUUUCAGGUCUUGUGGCUGAGGGCAGCCACAUGUCAAAGCGGCCCCAGGGCUGGCGGCCUACCGGGAAAUUUCCCGGAAUCCCGGUAGGCCAGUCCGGCCCUGGUGGGCGGAGUUGAGCCAGGCCGAGGGACAUUGGAGCUGGACCCUGGUAAGUGACAGAAGGAAUUUUAACCCCUUUUACUAGACCAGGGAGGAGAGGAAGGGGGGAAAGGGCUUGACAAAGGGGGAAGCUAUAGUGCCAGAAAAACAACAGUUUUUUUCCUGGCACUAUAGUUUCCCUUUAAUACAAAAAUACUCAGACAUUUAAGGCAAAUGUGAUGGCUACUAGACUUGGAGUUUUAUUUUGGUGCGAACUGUAAUUUGUGCAAAUUCUGGCCAAUCAUGUGAUUGGCCAAAAUUUCAAUUUCGAAAUGUCAUGUACCAGAAUCUUGGAACAAACGGCUAAUGCAAUGCUCGUUUUCAUUCAUAAUUCAGAGUGCUGUUCAUGCCACCAGAAAAAAAGGGGGAUGGAAUGUAGAAGAGGUUGUUUUGUUGGGGUUUUUUUUUCGUGCUGGCAAAUAAGCAGCUAAGUUGGCAAUGAUGGACAAGAGGUCUGUCCAAUCAUGUGGGUCGUAUCUCCUUUACAUCCAUGAGGUAGAAAAAAAGUUGAUUGAUAGUUCGGGAACAGCCAGUAAAUGUUGUGUUCAUUCACAGAUCAAAUACUAACUGACCAAUGGAAGGAAAAAAAUGAGGAGCAGUGAAACAAUCUACACUGUGAAGCAGGAUUCUUACUGAAACUUGGAUUGCCGCUAUUGAGGGAGACAGACCAGCAGUGUGGCAGUGGGAGAUAGCCUGUGCCAUUGAUUCUAAUUUAGGACUAUAUUUACUUGCUGCUGUGUCUAACUAGCUACUGUCAGUGGCACUUAAAACAACUUUGAGUGGCAGAUAAGAAAUUUCCAUAGUGUUUUGAUCAUAAUGUGAGACUGGGUUACCAAUUGACCAUUCUUGAAAGUUUUUUUUUGUUAGCUGUUUGUAGAAAAAUAUAUUUUUGGGGGAGGUAAGAGUGUUGUUUCGUAAAAAGCAAAACUAAAUAAUUGCUCCUAUUGCCUAGCUACUGCCACAGUGUCACUUACACAAACAUGGAGUGGUAGAGAUAGCCUGCUUCGUUCAUCCUAGGGUGACAUUGGUGGUUAGUGCAGUGUCCUACUGCUAGCCGCUGCCACUAAAACAAACACUGUUAGAAAUAAAAACAUGUGUUAAUAAAGCACUUUAGUGUCCCUGUACCUAUUUAAAUACAGGCUCACCACCAUUUGCUGUAUAAAAUAAUAAAAUUAAGCAUUUUACUUACCUUUCUCCAGCAUUUUUACCUUUGGCCCAGGAGUUACUAGACUAUGAGUAUGGUGAAGCAGAGGAAUUCGAAGAGAAAAGUGAAAGAGAAACAGGCAGUAACCCAGUAUUUUCUCCGGGAGCUAGAGUGCCCUCACCUUCCUGCAAUCUCCUAGUCAAUCUGGAUCUCCCGUAGAAACACCUCGAAGACAGUUGUAAUGCCUGCUGCCAGUGGCACAAGUAGCUUACACACGGUCAUAACUACCACCAACACGACCAAUACCACCACCAUCCCAAUUUCAUCAACAUUACCACCACCACCCCAAUAUCACCACCAUCAACAUCACUACUACCACCACUAGUGGAUUUGCCUUGUCUGACUGAGUCUUGCGGGACCUGCUACGUCUGCAGACACAGUUAGGAGAAGCUGAUAGGACACUGUGUUUUUUACAUACUGAAAGACUGACAUUGACGCUAAAGACUGUUUUUUUUCUGCUGUGCACAAGUCUAAUUCCAACAGCAUGAAAUGCACAAAUUUAUAAACAGAAUGAGAUGAUCUUGUCAGUACAUCAUAUAUUUGCACAAUAAAUGACACUAUUAUGCCAUGCCCAUACAACCCCACUCCUGUCCUGGCCUCAUGCUCUCCAAAGUUGCCAAGUACAGUAUUAUCACAAUUAGGAAGUAUCACACCACCAUUUACCAUUAGGGUGGCCUCACUCAAUAAAACCAUUGUGUAGACAUAGAUGGAGAUGCCCCUUCUAUAGAUUGAUCUAGUGAGCACAGGUCCUGCCGCUGUCGUGAACUCAGAAUGUGAAUAUUGUCGUCAAAUAUCUGAAACUAUGUUCCCAAAAUGUGUAAUUACAUGUACAGUUGUACAGUAAGGUUGUUAAAAUAUGUUAGUUCAUCAGAUUCAUCAGAUAUUGCUAUUCAUGUUGAUUGAGAUGAAACAAAGGGAAAAACAUGGGAAAGAUUAUUAAUUAAUGACUCCAGAGGCAGUCGAUUUAAUCCCCGGAUCAACUUCUAUUAAUUUAAAAUAGUCUAUCCAUUGAAGUUAGGUAGAACAAAGCAUUCAGAGGAAGCACCACCUGCAUAAAGAGUAUUGAAAUAAUAUAAUUAAAGAUAGAAGAUCUGUAUUACAACCUGCUCUGACAAGAAGCUAUAAAAUUGUUAUAUUUAUAUCUCCUGCAUCAUUUCCCUGGCGUUCCACUCCGACAGUUAAACUUUUUUUUUUUUUUUAUUAAUUCUUUGGUCUCCGUCUUUCUGAUGUAUAACUGACAUUGUUUUAUUAAACAUUUAAGAACAUUUAAUCUCAAAGAUCUGGCUCCAGAUUGCUUGUUAUUCUGCUUUUCAAUCAAUAAAGGGACACUCUAGCCACUUCAUCUUAUUGAAGUGGUUAUGGUGCCUGUAGUCCUCUGGGAUUGUCAUUCUGUUCGGUGCUAAACCAUGUUUAAUGAUUUCAUCCUAAACGAUAGUCCCUGUCUGCCUACCCCCUCUGUGCUGCUUCUGUAAUGAGGAAGCAUUCACCUGUGAUGCAAUGGGAGGAGAUGACUGGCUGAGAGUGUCAGCUGACUCUUUUAAUUCUAUCACAGCCACCCAUUGCUGGUAUGAAUUGGUAUGGCUAAGGAAGAAAGUAAUCUUGGCCUUAGCUAUAGCUGCAAUGGCAGUGGAACCUGCUUGAAAAUAGUUUAACACUGAAUGGAGGGGUAGUGUCAGGGGACUCCAGGCACUGUAUAUAAUAAAUUCAAGGAGAUUAAAUGUUGCAGUGCACAGAGCAUUGUAAUUCAUUUCAGAAUUCCAUGUUUUUUAGUUUUGUAUAAUGUUCAUUUGGUGUUACUUUAUGACUUGAGGAAGAUUUUGCUUUAUUUUUUUGUAAAUUGCCUAUUUAUUUAAUCUGCCGCAAUGUAUUCUACCAGGAAGCCAUCUUUAAAAUCUAUCAAUCUCAUAUAGGAACAAGGCUGUGUGUUUGUUCUGUACAGUGUAAGUGAGUUUAACGACACACUUCUGGUGAUGUCUCUUGUGACUUCUCUUGUCUCCAUAAAUAGUAUAACAGAGGACAAAAGGGCCAGAAACGAGUAAUACAUUUGGAGGCUAAUUGUGGGAUUGAGUAUGUAGAGUGAACAGUUCAUAGUGUGGUGUUUUGUGUAAAUGUCAGUUUGUCAGGAUACUGACAGGGAUCCAAUACGCAGAGUGCGGACAGAAGGAGGUACGUAUACCGGACCUUAGAAUGGCCGGACUAACGUAUGGACAAAACAAGAAUAGUCAAAAGGUAAGCCGAGGUCGAGGGAGCCGGAGGACAGGUAAGCGAGAUACAAGCCGAGUCAAAGGAGAGGAGAGGACAACAGGACAAAAGACAAGCAAGGUCAAAACCGAAAACACUAAGAGAGAGAACGCGCUGAGUGACUAGCAAGCUAGAACCACGACAGGGCAAUGAGCAGUAGUAAAGGUUUCCUUUAAAUAACCUGUCACCUUAAUUGAGACCACGCCCCCAAAAGGUCCGGAAUAGCGGUUCCCGGCACUUCACGUAAUGCUGACGUCAUGACGUCGACGCUAGCCGGACGCAUCAUAAAAGGGGGAGGAGCUAGCGCGGCCGGCGCGAAAACGGCCGGAAUUUGCCGAAAUGCUAGGGGCAAGGAGCCCCUAAACAGAGAGGAUGUCUUCCCUGGAGUCAGCACCAACAGGUACCCUGACACAGUUUCAGUUGUGUUGUUUGUGUACUGUAUGUGGCUAGGAGCUGUAGGGUCCAUGUUAAGGGGCUCUAAAGAGUGAGAGAGUGUGUGUAAAGGUGCUAUAGUGUAUAGGUGUAUAGGUGAUAUAGUGUGUGCAUAGGGCAUGUAUAGAGCUUUAUGUGGAUGACAAAUAUAGUAGAAUAAGUAGAAAGAACUUUAGUGUUCUGGGAUCUAAUGCCAGUUUAGUGAUUCUCACAGGGUCAUUCACUAAUGUGAACAUUCAAGGUAAAUGCUAAAUUAAUUUCAAAUUUAAGGUCAAAGUAACAAACGUUAAAUAUUCUCUAAGUCAGCUAUGCUUUCCAUUCAGCUACUCUGGCUUUAAUUUAGAAAUGCACUAUGCAUUAACUUUGAAUUCUCGCCUCAGUAAAUAAACCUUAAUUAGUGCUUUCUAGCAAAGAGCACAGAGAAUAAUUUGUAACCUUGUUACUGCUAAGGUGAAAACUAUCCCAGAUUGUUUCCUUCCUAUAAUACUUUAAUUUAACUUUUCAAUUGACUAGUAUUUCUACACUUGAUACAUUAUCAUAUGGAUUCAAUGAACACUAUAGCGUUAGAAAUACGACUAUAGUCUCCUGUAUGGAGAAAGCUUCACUCUCUGUGCUGCCAUCCCAACUCCUUGGCUGACAUCAUCUAGAUCCGUGGUCUCAGGCAAUCCAAAGCAUUGGGAGAAUAGUGCACAUGCACGGCAAAAUGAGACCAUCUGACAGUAGAUGGUCAAUAGUAGGGUUAACUCUGCUAUUUCUGAGAAUGCACCUCUAGUGGCUGUUUGAGUGACAGCUACUAGAGGCAUGUAAACCCUGCAUUGAAAACAUUGCUUUCACUUGCAGAUCACAUCAUUGAGAUACAGCAAAAACACGUAGAAACCCACCCUAGCUUACAACUGUUUAUUGAUAAUUGCACCACGAUGACACCAGGUUGUUGUAUUGAGUGAUACAUUCUGUUGUGUGUAUAGCCUAGUAGAUCUAAGAAUUAUGUCACUUUGACAGUAAUGUGCAUGUGAUCCUACACUGUCUACAUCAUGGGUCCUCAAACUCCGGCCCUCCAGAUGUUGCAGAACUACAACUCCCAUGAUUCUCUGGCUAUCUAUGUAAUUCAAAGAAUCAUGGGAGUUGUAGUUCUGCAACAUCUGGAGGGCUGCCGUUUGAGGACCCCUGGUCUACAUAAUAAUUUAGAACUGCCCUGUCAGUAAUAUCUGAUCAGAUCCUGAUUGCAAAAUAUUUAGCAUGCAGCAGGAUUUGUAGUCUCAAAACAUUGAGUUUUGGUGAGUUGACAAAUUGCUUUCCAACUUCCAUUUUUAGGAACAAAUUUAAAAAUAAAAGUAAGUAAUUUGCCCUUUUGACUUCUGGUUAUACCUCUGCUUAAUCCAUCCAAUCAAAGUGCAGAACUAAGAAAGUCUUACAUAGAUUUCCAUGAUGUUUGUUCAGCAUAUAUUUCCAUUGAAUUUAAAGGAACACUCCAGGAUCCUCCCUAAGGCACUUUAGUUUGCUGAAGAGCUGUAUGUGGAAGAGCGUGUGCUAUUUUCUUAAUUUUGGAAAAAGUGAAGAUUUCACUAGAAAUUAACACUUUUAUAAAUUAUACUGGUUACACCACCUGGCUUUUCAAACAGACAACAGGUACUGUUACUUCCUAGUUUGGUUAGCUUAUCUGCACUGAACUCAAGAGGCAACAAUUGCCCAGAGCACCUGCCUUGCAAAAAUGUCUCAUUGAGCUACAUUGGGAAGUCUGUGAUUGGACUGUCACAGAAAGUCUGAGUGGGGUUAGAAGAGGAGGGCUUGUAAAAGCAACCCAUUUAAACUGCAGGUUUUGCGAGCUUUUUUUAGAUAUAACUCCAAUGAAAAAAUACAUAAUUAAACAUAUGCAAGUUUUCAUUUGGGGUAUAUGUACUAAACAGUGAUUUUUAUUUAUUUUAUAUUUAGGCAGUUGAGUGUCCCUUUGAGGUAUAAGUCCAUAGUAACAAAAAAUAAAAAAAUAAAGUUUUUAGGACUUUUAGAUAAAUUAUUAGUAGGCUUUUUAUUUUAUGAGUCUAUUUUCAAGGCCUUUCAAGAGUUUUGUUUGAUAAUGCUUAAUAAUACAGGUAUGAAUUUAUAUACUGUUUUAUUUCCUAUUGAUUUAUAUUGUUGAAAAUCUUAGAAGCCAGCUAUAAGGUGUCACAGAAUACCAAAACUCCUGACAAAUUCACUGCCAGCUUUUUUUUCAGAACUUUUUUUCUUUCUUUAAAAUUUUGAGAGAAAGUGAAUUAUGUAAAAUGUUCUUAAAGGUUUUUUUUUAUAUUUCUGUACAAUAACAGUUUAAAUAUUUUGGCAGUGCUCAAAUACAGUCAGAUGUAAAUUUGAUACAAGGGAUAUUUUAUCGCAAGUUUGGAAAACUGCCAUCUAUAUAAUAUUUUAUUCAUGCCAUUGAAUAACUUAAUGAAUAUCAGACUCGAAGAACGUUGAGAGAGUAACAUAGACAGAUAGAUUUUAGAAACAAAUGUAACAGUUGGGGAGUCUAUUGCUAAACAUUAAACAAUGGUUAACAGAGAAACAAAUAUCUAAGAUGUUGCCCCGAAUACUAAGAUUUGGAAUUUAGCUUAUUUAGGGUACUUAUAAUGGAAUUUAGACACAAACCCAAAUUUCUAGUCACCAAAAUUCACUGAUUUUCAAAUAAAUCCCUAAGACUUUGAAAUAAAAAUGAACUAAACAAUUGUGAAACUUUUAUUUUGCAGACAAUAUUGGAGAAUUAGUACAAUUGGUUUGUAGGGGUACUAGAGAUUGGGGGUUAUAUAAAUGGAAAUAUCUGCUUGAACACUUCCAGAUGAGGUGUGUUAUCCAGAAAGUGUAAAUGAACAAUAAACAGAAUCAACGUAAUGCUGCUCUCUUACUGGUUGACUGAUAUUCUAAUGCAAUGCUUUUAUAAGGAUGACAAUUGUAACAAUAGAAUAUAUCUUUAGAGGCACAACUAGUAAUAAUAGCAAUAGGACUGGCCAUGCUUAUGUAGUAAUAUCUUACCUACUCCACGAAGGAUGGCAUUGAAAAUAUAUGGUCUGCUAUCUUUACACCCACACAAUUGCAAAUGGACACUUUGAUUUUAAGGCGGUGAGUGGUGUGUGGCCAGGGUCUUAUUGAUGACAAUUUAAAAUGUAACAUAGUACAAGAACAAUAAGUUAUUUACACAGACUGAUUUCUAAACACAUUUAUUGAAGUUUAAAGACAUAUUACUGUGAGUAUUAUUGCUGUGGAGCGUUGAUACACAUUGCGACACACCAGCAAUAUGGAGCUCUUAGAAAUGAGGAACAUUAGGACAGAAAAGAGGAACAGAGGGAAUUGGGCCCAAAAUAAAGACUGCCCCUCCUACAUAGGGACACUUGGAAAGUAUGUGUCUAGUUUGUGUCUUCAAAGUCAUUUUCAAAGAAUAUUUACUCAUAUAAUCCUAUUUAAAGGAUCACUAUAGUGUCAGGAAAACAAACUCGUUUUCCUGACACUAUAUAAUCCUUGGGGUCCCCCCACCCUCAGGGCCUCCUCCCGCUGGGCUAAAGGGCUUAAAACCCCUUACCUUUAUCCAGCACCGGGCUUGUGACCUCUUCUCCCCCUCCGAUGUCAGUUUCCGAGUGGAGCUGAAUGCGCAUGCGCAGCAAGAGCCACACGCGCAUUAAAAACACCCAUAGGAAAGCAUUUCUCAAUGCUUUCCUAUGGACGUUCUGCUUGCUCAAUGCGAUUUUCGCACUGAGCGUCGCAGAAGCGCCUCUAGAGGCUGUCAGGAAGACAGCCACUAAAGGCUGGAUUAACCCUGCAAUGUAAACAUAGCAGUUUCUUUGAAACUGCUAUGUUUACAUCUGAAGGGUUAAAACCUGGGGGACCUGGCACCCAGACCACUUAAUAGAGCUGAAGUGGUCUGGGUGACUAUAGCGGUCCUUUAAAUAUUAUCUGAGCUAUGUGAUGCUGCAUGCAGAAGCACAAUAUAACCAAGGAGUAAAAAAUUUAAUUAUUUUUGUCCUUAACAUCAUAGAGGCCUGCAAAAAUGUUUUUAUGAGAACUUAAGAGAAGGAAUGAAAUGUAAAUAUCUUCCCGAGACAUUUUUUACGGAAUAUCUGGCUUGGAAUAAAUAAUAUUUAUACCACGACAUAAGGGAAGUAAAACAGCCGGCAGAUGGAGUUUAUCAUGUCAGCAUCAUUACUACUUCUGCCAAGGUCAUCCGUCGUAAUGCAAGUUGCGUGAUCCAAUCGUUUGUGGCAGAAACAAUAAUUAUCAUAUUAUUGUUUUUACACUGUGUUUUGCAGAAAUUUCAGGGAUACAAAUUAUAUCUGAUAUAUUAAAAAGACAUCAGUUCUGCAUCUACUCAAAUUUUUCUGGCCUUGUAGAUAAUCUACAGAUUUACAUGAUUGUCAGUUGUACUGGAGUAUAUCUUUGUUUUCUCGUUAUGCUUUCUCGUGGACAGUUUAAAUACAAUGACAAUACAGAUGUUAGAAAUGAUUUUGGCUUCUCUGAUGAGUUACAGUCUGUAAAACAGCAGGCAGAGCUUCCGAAAAAGCAGCAUGCAAUACAAUUACAUUAAGUUAACAAACUCCAACAUGUGGUGUCGUAAUAUUAAUUACAUAGAGUAUAUAAACAGGAAAACAGUUAAUGUACAAGUUAGACCAUUAUUGGCUAAUUCAGUUCCCAAGAUCAUGUAGGUCUUUUCCUUGAGAAUGUUACCAGUAAUAGCACAAGUGAGUCAAGAAAGCACUUAUUACUCAUAUAUGUAUAAACGCAUGGUAUCUUGUAGCCCCCCAAUUUAAUUAUUCAUUUGCUUUAAUGUGAAACAACAUGUUUUAAAAAGAUAAUGCAGAAAAAAAAUUAUUACAAAAAUAAAUAAAAAAUGCUCCUCUUCACUGAGGUGAUUGGGGUGAUAGUGUUCUGUUUUAAAAAGUGAUGCAAAAAUCUCAAAGGGGAGGAGUGAGCAAUAAAAUGUGACUACUGUUUCACUGGUUUCCAUGGUGAUUGUCCUAUUUUUUUUUUUUUACCACUUUACACUUUUUUUUUUUUUUUAUUAUCUGCUAACAGUUACCUUCUUUGGGUUUUUCAUCAACAUUUAUCUGGGACUUGUAAUUAAACAGUUUUUAUCAUUACACAAAAUGGCUUAGUUGUCUGUUUAUGGUUGAUAAUAAUUAAUAAUCCAUUAGAUAAGUUUUUUUGUUUUUUUAAUCAAAUAUUGCUUAAACCAUUCAUUCUAGUAAUCUAGAGAUUAUACAGCAUGACUGGCCUAUUUUUAUAGCAUCAAGAACUCUUUUGGGGGGAAAUUAUAUUAGUGUUAGUGUUAGUGAAGUCCAUAAUCGAACUUGUGAUUUUACACUUUCUGCAACACAAAUCCAUCCGCAACUUGCAUAAACCAGUAUUACAAUGUACUAGCAGUUUGUUUAAAAUAUUUGAACUGAUAAUUAUGGUUUCUUAUUUGAACUGACUUAGCCCAGAGUUAACAUUUGUACUUGUCUUUCUGAUUUUGCUUCCAUUCACAAGAAAAAUCUUUUUUUUCCCUAUACCCUUUCUAACUACUUAACUUCCUGGUAAACUAAAAUGUAUACUUAGUAUCAAAUUUGAUUUGGAAAAUUUGAUAUAAACAUCCAAGAUUUCUAGCCCUCAUGUCCUCUGGGCAUUUAUUUGGGUAUUUUAGCUUUAUAAUUUGUGAGUUGGUUCACUAACCACUAAAUAUGUUUAACAUUUCCAGAGAACUCCUCACCUUAAAUAUAUCGACUAUAUAAGGAGCCUGCUCACAAUAAAAACAAUUUAAACCAACUUGAUUGAGCAACGAUUAGUCUUAUUCUACAAAUGAACACAUCAGUUGUGUUCUUGUGCUAAAUCUUUUGUAAACAGACGUAUAGGAGAGCAGAAAAAUAAAAAGUAAUAAAAAGGCUUGUGUAAAAGUUAUUGUAAAAAAACAAACAUUUUAUAAAACAAGUAGUUGCUACUAGAAGAAGUAAAUAAUAAAUCUGUUAUAGUAGUAGAAACCCAUCCCAAAGAUCAAAAAGGGAUACCUGAGGUUUCCUUAUGUACAAGUUGACAUGACAACUGGUUUUUCAUGGCCAUUACAAUUUAUGUUUCUAAUUUCAAUGGCAAAGAGCUAACCAAAUAUUUUUCAUUUGCGUAUACCUCAACCAGAUGGAACUAUACAUAUCGGUAGGUAACGGAUCAAAUAAAUAGUACAAAGAAGGGGAGACCUCAUUUGAUUCACUCAUCUGCCAAAAUAUAGUCCCAUCUCUUCAUAAUAUAUUUGGUUAUUGGAAGGUUUUGAUAGUGAAAUAGCCUUAGAUAAUACCCUUUGGAGUGCUUUGUAAUAUCUUCUCAUUUGCUCACUGUUGUAUGGAUUGGGUUAAAUAUGAUUUUGAUGGGUUGUUUUUUUUUUUUUAUAAUACAAGUUUAACCUAUUUGUUGUACUUCUAUGUUUUGUAAUUUUUAAUGUUGCUUGACUCAUCGGAAAACAGAGUCUUACAAGGUCAGGCAUUAUAACUCUGUGUAUGUUUGUGUAUGUUGGUAUGUUGGUAUGUUUGUUCUUUUCACACUAACAUGUUUAAAUGUUGUCCUUGAAGCCAUGAUAGCAGAUUUAUUACUUACAGAUAGAGUGUAUUAUCUGUUUUUGAGGGACUGUUGGGGUGUAUAAUAUAUGUGUAUAAUAUAUGUUUUAAAGUUAGAACCUACUGGCCUGUAUUUACAUGCCUUCUAUUUGGGAUACUUAAAGGGACACUAUAGUCACCAAAAUAAUGUCAGCUUAAUUAAGCAGUAUUGGUGUAUAGACCAUGUCCCUGCCGUCUCACCGCUUAAUCCUCCACCAUUUAGGAGUUAAAUCACUAUGUUUAUGCAGCCCUAGUCACACAUCCCAGCAUGUGACUUACACAGACUUCCUAAACACUUCCUGUAAAGAGUCAUCUAAUAUUUACACUUCCUUUAUUGCAAAUUCUGUACAAUUUAAAUAUUCUUAUCUCCUGCUCUGUUAAUAGCUUCCUCGAUCAUGUAGGGGCCACCUGUUUGUAAUUAAAGGUCAAUUUACAGAGUAGGAUAUAAAAGCUUUUUAAAGUAAGUUACAGCAGAUUGUAAAUAAAACCAUUUUUUUUAAUGCAGACUGUGCCAGUCACAACCAGGGGGGAUGUGGCUAGGGAUGCUUAAACAGAAAAAAGUGAUUUAACUCCUGAAUGGCAGCAAAUUUAGCAGUGAGAUUUCAGAGGCAUGAUUUAUACACCAAAACCACUUAAUUGACCUAACACAUUUUGGUGACUCUUUAAGCACCUACUUGUCUGUCACUGAACAAUAUCAUUAAAAAUAAUCUUAGAAAUAAUUGUUUUUUCUACCAUACAUAGUGUUGCGCAAACAAAAACAGCUGUUGAGUCAAUCCUAGUUAAUGAAAUGUCCUGGUGUCCAAUCUUGUUUUUAUACAUUAUCUGCAUCACUUUUACUGGGGCCAUUUAACAUUUUAAAAGAUUUCAGCUUUUUAAAAAAAAAAAAAAUAAUAAUAAUUGGUAUUUUGUUUAUUUUUUUUUCUACUUGGGCUUAUACUUAUUUUCCUUUGUAGAAAAGAGGUAAAUGCAGAUUUUCCAAAAGUAUAGCUUCCUCCUAUGACGUCUGCAAAGGACAGAGCGAGCUUACAGUGGAAUUAUUUUUUUAAAAUUGCUGAAACUAUAAGGAAAUAUGUCCACUAUAGCCUGUGCAAUGGUCAUGUAGCCUGUGCAAUGGUCAUAGUUUGCUAUAGGCUUGGAAUAUUUUUCAAGCAUUUUUUAUAUAAUGCUUUAAAAAUUAGUGGUGCAAUCCAACCCACCCUGGAGUGUCCAUUUAAUCCAGGCUUCCCCAAACCCCGGCCCUCCAGAUGUUGCUGAACUACAACUCUCACGAUUCUAUGAAUGAAAUAGGCUGAGAAUCAUGGGAGUUGUAGUUCAGCAACAUCUGGAGGGCCGGAGUUUGGGGAAGCCUGAUUUAAUCCUGAAGUUGAGAACAACUGUGCUCUCAUUCAUUAGUGGUCAAUGACAUAUUCACUUAAAGUGUCCCAGAGCUGCACGUCAUUAGUUAAAAACUCUAACUUUAAUUAUUAGAACUCUAACACAAUACUAUAAUCUUUUUAAAAUAAGUGAUUUAAUUAAAAAAACGUGUAUUUCUUUAAAGUUUCCGUAGCAAUUAAAAGUGUGUAUAACUUGGAACACAACAGGAGAACGUCCCUUCCGUUCUUGGCACAUGGACUGUUUUGAGUGAUGAAAGUAGUGAUUACAUGACUGGCAGGUUCCAAUCAGCAGGUGAUAUGAAGUUUCCAAUCUAUAUCUUUUGUUCUACAAGACAUGUGUGCACCUAUUGGCCCAGCAUAACAGUGAGACUUGCACAUGCACACUGUCCAUUUUCACACAGUUAUAAGCUCUCUAGUAAUAUUCCCUUUUCAUCCUCAUAUGACCUUGUUCAUUUGCCAGAAUUCCAGACACAGAAGAAAUCAUGCAUCUUUUAUGUGAUAAUCCUACAGUAUGUCAGCUUAUUUUGUGGAUUUUCUUAACACAGCAUUCAAAUUAUAGUUGAUUAGAAAAACUGAUGCCAGAAAUCAGAUUGACCAGAUAUAAAAAGAAAAAGCGAAUGGAGAAAAAAAUAUGUUGCUGAUUUUUCCAGCACAGUAAAUUAAAAGUGUUUGUUAUAUCUACACCCCCCUACCCUCAGAGUAUAUAGAUUGACAGAGGGGUGAGUGUAUUGGAAUAGGUUGUGGUUCAAUAACAAUGCACAUUUUGAAAACACUAUGGGUCCUAUGAACAUGAACAAAUAUAAAAGGCUCAUUCCCAUGCCAUGUAGAGUGAGAAGGAAGAAGUAAUUGGGUGAAGGGAGGUCUGUAAGUAGGCCCAAGGAUGUCCAGUCUCCUGGUAAGGUAUACUUUUAAAGAGCCACUGCCACUGCAGACACUUCAUCUUAGUGAAGUGGUCUGGGUGCAGUGCGCCUGUCCUUUUAACCGUGGAUAGUAAAACACUGCACUGCAAUGUUUAAAUUGCAUGGUUAGGUCCACCUCUUGUGGCUGUCAUAUUGACAAGCAGCAAAUGAGUAAGACCCGGUCACGUGAAGCAAAAGGACCCAUAACAAACCAGUGAUACAAUCCUUUCCUCUAGGGAAUUUUAAAGGAGCAUACAGCAGUUAGGUCUCUAAUGCUUAUCUAUGAUCUCCACGGGAGGCAGAGAAGUGAGCAGCACUGAGGGAGUCUCGUGCUGGAAGAAGGUAAGUAAAAUGAAGUAAGCCUGAGGGAGGGAGGAAUAAGCUUUAGUUGAGUUCAGUUUUUUUGUACUGUCCCCCAGUACAGCCCUUAUAACCCCACUACAACCUCUAUUCCACCACUAUUGCCCCUAACCCCUCACUAUAUCAUAUGUCUUCCACUGCAUCCACUAUACCCCCCUUUAGCCACUAUCAACUUUCCCCCACUAUACCCCCUGUGCCCUAACUACAGCACUUAGCCCUGUUGGAUCCUUACAAUUUAGGAAUUUUUAGACUAGCAGAGAAUGGAUUCAAUUUUACCAUCAAAAAUCCAUUAUUCAUCAAAGGGAUUCUACAGCAUUAUGAAUACAAACAUAGUUCCCCCAAGACAGUGUAGAAGGUGAGUAUUACUUACCUUUGUUCCAUUGCCAUGGUGGUCUAACUGCAGCCACUCCACCUCUCAAGACUGAUGAUCUCAGUCAAUCCAAUAAUACCCUGCAGGAAAGCCUGGGGAGGCUGCAUUUGAUCGAGACCUGAGUUUGAUAUAGUUCUCAUAGUGGAUGUGCCUCUAGUGGCAAUCAGGAAGACAGCCAUUAGACGUGUAAUUAGUUCUGUAAUGGAAACAUUACUGUUUCUACAAAAUGGCAAAGUUUUACAUUGCAGGGUUAAAACUAAAUGGCCACUGCACCCAGACCACUUCAUUGAGAUGAAGUGGUCUGGGUGCCUUUAGUGGUCCUUCAGUAUGUGCAUAUUGCAAAUAAAAGGGGCUCUAUAUAUCUUACUGUAGAUGCUACUCACUUAUGUUAAUAUUUUUUUUGUAAAACAAUUUUUUGAACAUACAUCUGGUGCUCAGAGUUUGAAAUGCCUGCUAUAAGAUGUUUUGGGGCAUCUCAGGAGUCAAGUCAGGGACAUCAAAUUUUGCUUUAACAUUCUUGUUAGUUACAAUCCUGCUAUAGGUUGUAUCAUUUAUUGAUCGAUGAUGUCUGUGAUAUGAAUUUAACAAUCCUACAGCCUGUAUAAAGCUAAAGAGUGCUUCUGUAUUAGUGAUUGUCCUGGCUUCGCUGAUUUCAUGACACGUGGAGCUCAGUUUGAAUGUUAUACUUACUUCUUCUAAGAUAAUCGAGAAAUCCAGCCAGGGAUUCUAGAAUGAUAUGGAAAAUCCCACACCAGUUCAACAAGCUGUCUUUGGAAAAUGCUCUUUUCUCUGUUAAUAAAAAGAAAUACAAUAGCCUGUUUUUUUGUUUUUUAAAUGUACCAUAAGACAAAAAAAACUAAACUGUUGGACAUGUAAUAUCUUAAUAUACAUGUGAUAUUUAUAAAACCUUUUAUUAUUGGAAGCCAUAGGAGAUAAAUGAAUGCCAUUAAAAUAAUAAAUAGAAGGAAGGGCUAGUGAUAAAGAAGAAAAUAUAUUUAUGGAAACUGCCUUUUUUAUCCAUGGCAAUGAGUUAUUUCUUUAUCUUUUUUAUUAUCUUAGUUACUAGCUAUGUAACUGGCUAUGGAGACUGAUUAUCUAAGUUUUAAGGGACUUUACGUUACUGUUAUGCCUCUGAGGAUUGCAGAGAGAUCAGCUCCUUUAAUUUUACAUAUCUUUUUUCAAUUUCUGAUUGGUCCAUCGUGACAAUAUAAGCACCUGCUGGUGUAGACAUAACUGACACCAGUUAUCAAACAUGUAGGCACACAGUAAACUGCAGGCAAUUGCUUUAAACAUAAGUCUCUCUGGUGGAGAAUAAUCAGGUAAACAAUCUGAGUAGCUUGUUUUUUGGUGCACCCUACAUCUGGUCUCUAUCUUUUGUUGUUACCAUUUGAUAUAUCAUCAUUACCUACAUCAUUCAGAUCUAGUCAGGCAACAGAGGACUGAACUCAGAACCAAACUCCAAGCAGCAAGCGUGUCAAGAGAAAUAAAUGUGUCCAUAUUACCCGAAACAAAUCAAAAACAACACUAUGGAAAAGCCAAUGCAGCAACAGAAUUUGGAAGCUCAGAAAAGGUUGAAAUAUGGACUCUUAUAAAAUAUCCAAAAUUUAAAGCCCAGGAAUGAGUACAUCCUAUUUAAUUAGCAUCUGAAUUAGUAGGAUAUAGUGGUUUCAUGUUGACCUUCAAUAGGUGACCAUGAUGCAAUGGUUUUGCCAUUCCGAGCUCUUAGACAUAUUUUGUAUGUCAGUACAGUAGUGGCUGGUGAGGUUUAAAGAUGGAGAGGGGCUUUACUCUAUGCUUGGAAUUUAAAUCUGCCCUCAGGCUUGUUGGUCUCUGCCCAUGUAUCUCCACAUACUAUGCUUGAAACAACGAGGUAAUUUUAAUGUUCAACACUAUAUACUUACAGGUACCUGUAUUUGGGAAACAACAACCAUUUUAAAGAGGCCUGCCUCCACCUCUUGAUGCUGUUACCCCAUUGUUCAACAAAUCCCGGGCUCAAGGUAGUCAUGGCGAAUAGGACUUUUUUCCUGGUGCCUGGGUUAUUGACAGCCCGUUCAGCACUAACGGAGUUGGGCAGCGAGGGAGCUGUAAUCUUCCUACUCUUCUUCCUCUAUUUCAUCGUGCGCCCUGCUGUGAUCCAGGGAGCAGGCACUCCGGCUCCGUUAUCACUAAACAGCACAUGAGGGAGCAGAGCAAGGAGAGCUUGACAAUUUCCAGAUCAGAGCAGCCCCACUGGACCCCAGGGAAAAGAUCCACGCCCGCUAUUCCAAAGGUAGUAACAUUCUAGUGACACUGUGUUACACAAUGUGCAGUACUGGAUCAGGAAGCACCUCUAGUGGCCAUCUGAGAGACUGCCACUAGAGGUGGUACUAGGCAGCAAUAUAAGCACUGAAUUUUCUCUAGAAAGGCAGUGCUUAUAUUAAAAAGCCAGCAGGGACAGGCUAUAGACACCAAAACCAUGACACUAAGCUGUAAUGGUUCUGGUGACUAUAGUGUCACUUAAAGAAUUUUUGCUAUUGAAAAUAAAGCGUUGUUCAUUUAAAAAUAACCCGACUCCUAGAUUCAAAGCACAAUUGUAAUGCCCUGUGUUAACCAAUGGCAGCCCCAGAAGUCAGGACUGUCUGCAAAGCUCUAUAAAUACAUAAAUAGAUAGACACCACAGUCCCGCCACUUCUCAACAAUGAAAGUCCAUUAACAGCUAGAAUACUGGAGUAAGUGCAAAGGUGUGAUUAUAUCUCUAGAACAUAUUUAGAAAACAGAAUUCAACAUUUCUGUGGUAAAUUGCUGCUGAGAAUUUCCAUGCCUGACUGCCAUCAGUUAGAGGCCCACAAAACCUAAGGUUGGGUAUCUCUGCCAUGAAAAAUUAUUUUAUCCAUUUAUUUUAUAACCACAAAAAUUCACAAUAUUCACUAUGCUGUUUGUGCAGCCAGAGACAAUUUUAUAUUAAAACUACUUGACAAUUUCUCAUAAGAUGAAGAAUAUUGUAGAUUAACACAUUUAUCUUAUGUCAUUAACACUGUAUGGUGUCUUCUAGAAUCUAUAAAUCUAUAUGACCACUUGGCUCCCCCAGGCAUAUGGAUUACUAUUUAUACAUCCAUAUAUUUUUGACUGCUUUUUUAGGCAUUCUAUAAGUAUAAUGAAUUCACUUAUUAUUGAUGAAUCUCAUAUAUUCAUGGUUAUGUUUUCAGUUCAGUGGUAUAGAUACCUUGUUUAAUAAUGUCUGCUAGCACUAAAAACACAGACAAACACUAGAUAAAUAGAUAUACACCAUCAUAAAAAUCACAAAUAUAUUUUCUUGGAUAUUAAAGUGACAUACAUCACUUUGAGACAACUGUCCCAUUCAAAAGUUUGAACUUUGAGUGAGACAGUUGCCUCAUUUUGCAGGCUCAAAAAAAUCACAUAAAUAUACUAUUUUUUUCUGUAUUUACCUGCUUCUUCUUUCUUAUGCUUUCCACACCCACUUCAAGGGGAACACUGAUCUAACCAAUCAGUGUCCUAUCCCUAGAAAUGCUGGAAAAGUGCAUUGGGAGAUCUCUUCACCUUGCAACAUUCUGAAAGUGGCAGUAGAGAGGGAGUCGGAUCAAUGUGACUCAUGUAGAGCAGGCUCUGGUGUCAGCUUUCUCUCCAUGCUGCUGCAGAAUGAUGUUCUGUUUAUGUAAUUGCUAGACUGAUCUAAAAAUGAGAUGGGUAUGGAGGAGGGCGGGGGGGAGGGGGGUGGUUGAGGCCAUAGAAUCUUCAGUAGCGAGAUAGAGAGAUAGAGAGAUAUGCACAACAAUGCAAUAUGACCAAGUUUACAGGGAGUUUAUAAGAAUUUGUUACAUACUUUUCGAAGUUUUCCUUGCUUUAUUUUUGCUUCUAUAUUGUUUAAAAGUAUUUCCUUGCUGGUUUACAAAAUAAUUGUCAAGUGGUGCAUGUCACUUUAACACACCUCAGACAUUAUUAUUAAUAUUAUUGUCAUUAUCAUUUAUUUAUAUACAUUAGGAAUUUCUUUCUGGAACUUCUUGGUUACACCUGUCAAUAUUCCCACAAUAUGUAGUCAAAGGGUGCAAGUCCUACAGUCAACAGAGAGCUAGAAGCUCUCUAUUUAAGCUAAGCCUGGCAGUGCAAGGCUUAGCUCAUUGGCUCAGUCCAAGAGCCAGCCAGGUAGAUGAGGUUUUUAAGUGGAAAGGCAGUGCAGGAAUUCAAUAUCAGAAAAUUCAAUAGAGGAGCAGACUAGACUAUGUAACUAGAAAUAAGAGUAAUUUAUGGAAAACCUACAGGAGAACGGUUAUUCAUUUACCAUUAAUAAAAUAGGAAACAUUUAGUAGAUCAUUUUAAAGAAAAAGAGCAACAUUUGAACUAUAUAUAAAUUAUUCCUUUGUAACUUUUUCAGAAAAUUAGGCACUUUGUGAUAGAUUUCACUACUUUUAUAUUAACACACUAAACAUAUAUGAUGCAAUAAAAAAAAUAUGUAUAUAUUUUUAAAAUAUUUUAAAACAUUCGUAAUUCUCAUGUCAGUUUUCCAACCUCUCUAGUUUAAUAACUCUGAUCGGUAAGUGUAAAAAAAUAGUUAAUUUCUAGAAUUUUUCCAGUUUGGCUAUAUCUAGCUAAAAAUUAACAGCUCUUCAAUUUGUCAAUAAUUCCUUUUUCGGUAAUUAAUUUAAUUCUUCAUGGGCAGCAUAUAAUAUUACAAAUAGUGAUGUCCCGGACGGUUCGCUGGCGAAUAGUUCCUGGCGAACAUCGCUUGUUCGCGUUCGCCAUGGAUGGCGAACAUAUGCGCUGUUCCGUCCGCCCCCUAUUCGUCAUCAUUGAGUAAACUUUGACCCUGUACCUCGAGUCAGCAGACACAUUCCAGCCAAUCAGCAGCAGACCCUCCCACCUCCUGGACAGCAUCCAUUUUACAUUCAUUGUGAAGCUGCAUUCUUAGUGAGAGGAGGGACAGUGUAGCUGCUGCUGAUUUGAUAGGGAAAUUGAUAGCUAGGCUAGUGUAUUCAGUGUCCACUACAGUCCUGAAGGACUCAUCUGAUCUCUCUGACCUCACUACCCCCACACCCUCAGCCUCACUACCCACCCAGCCUCACUACCCCCCACACCACCCUCAGCCUCACCCCCAGCCUCACUACCCCCCACACCACCCUCAGCCUCACUAGCCCCACACCCUCAGCCUCACUACCCCCCACACCCCUCAGCAUCACCACCCCCAGCCUCACUACCCCCACCACCCCAGCCACUCACCCCCACCUCACCUCACCCCCAGCCUCACUACCCCCACACCACCCCCAGCCUCACUACCCCCACACCCCUCAGCCUCACUACCACCCCACCACCCCCCAGCCUCACACCCCACACCACUCUCAGCCUCACCACCCCAGCCUCACCCCCCCACACCACCCUCAGCCUUACUAGCCCCCACCACCCUCAGCCUCCCACCACCACCCUCAACCUCAUCCCCCACCACCCUCAGCCUCAUCCCCCACCAUCAGCCCUCACUCUCACAUUACCAUCACCCCCCACACCAUCACCUCCCUGUCACCAUCACCUCCCUGUCACCAUCACCCGCCUCUCACCAUCACCCGCCUCUCCUUCUCACCAUCACCCCCACCAUACACACAACACACUUCAAGCAGCUACCCCAUACACAUAGGGUCUCAGACAAAAACCCAAACAUGCUCACAGAGACAUACAUUCACACACAAGGAUACUCUCUGUCAGACACACUCUCAGGCACAUACACAGGUAAACUGUGCAUCAAUGUGUAUAUGUGACACUUUUUUUGUUAGUGGGGCCUCAUGUUUGAGUUUCGCCUAAGGCCUCAUAAAGUCUAGAGCCGCCUCUGGGUGUCACAAUAGCUUGCAUUUAAAAAAAACAAAACUUUUUGGACUGUAAUAUAAUAGCAGUCAGUUUCCUUCACAAGUGUGCGUUUCAGGGUCUGCCCAGUGCCACCACUCACUCACUGGUGUCCCAAUAGUUUGCAUUUAAAAAAAACAAAACUUUUUGGACUGUAAUAUAAUAGCAGUCAGUUUCCUUCAUGAGUGUGCAUUUCAGGGCCUGCCCAGUGCCACCACUCACUCACUGGUGUCCCAAUAGCUUGCAUUUAAUAAAAACAAAAACGUUUUGGACUGUAAUAUAAUAGCAGUCAAUUUCCUUCACGAGUGUGCGUUUCAGGGACUGCCCAGUGCCACCACUCACUCACUGGUGUCACAAUAGCUUGCAUUUAAAAAAAACAAAACUUUUUGGACUGUAAUAUAAUAGCAGUCAGUUUCCUUCACGCGUGUGCGUUUCAGGGCCUGCCAGGGCACAGUGUCACACCAGUGCAACUCAUAUCUGGUAUAACAGUAGUGUACAUUUUAAAAACAAUAUACAAUUUUGACUGUAAUAGAUUGAAUAGCAGUUAGUUGUCUGCCAGCGUGUGUGUCAGGCUCACAGCGUAUACUGUGCCCACUUGCCCAGUGCCACCACUCAUAUCCGGUGUCACAAUAGCUUGCAUUUAACAAAAAAAAAACUUUUUGGACUGUAAUAUAAUAGCAGUCAGUUUCCUUCACACGUGUGCAUUUCAGGGCCUGCCAGGGCACAGUGUCACACUAGUGCAACUCAUAUCUGGUGUAACAGUAGUGUACAUUUAAGUAGUGUACAUUUGUCAGGCUCACAGUGUAUACUGUGCCCACUUGCCCAGUGCUACCACUCAUAUCCGGUGUCACAAUAGCUUGCAUUUAACAAAAAAACAACUUUUUGGACUGUAAUAUAAUAGCAGUCAGUUUCCUUCACACGUGUGCGUUUCAGGGCCUGCCAGGGCACAGUGUCACACCAGUGCAACUCAUAUCUGGUAUAACAGUAGUGUACAUUUUAAAAACAAUAUACAAUUUUGACUGUAAUAGAUUGAAUAGCAGUUAGUUGUCUGCCAGCGUGUGUGUCAGGCUCACAGCGUAUACUGUGCCCACUUGCCCAGUGCCACCACUCAUAUCCGGUGUCACAAUAGCUUGCAUUUAACAAAAAAAAAACUUUUUGGACUGUAAUAUAAUAGCAGUCAGUUUCCUUCACACGUGUGCAUUUCAGGGCCUGCCAGGGCACAGUGUCACACUAGUGCAACUCAUAUCUGGUGUAACAGUAGUGUACAUUUAAGUAGUGUACAUUUGUCAGGCUCACAGUGUAUACUGUGCCCACUUGCCCAGUGCCACCACUCAUAUCCGGUGUCACAAUAGCUUGCAUUUAACAAAAAAACAACUUUUUGGACUGUAAUAUAAUAGCAGUCAGUUUCCUUCACACGUGUGCGUUUCAGGGCCUGCCAGGGCACAGUGUCACACCAGUGCAACUCAUAUCUGGUGUAACAGUAGUGUACAUUUAAAAAAAAUAUUUUUUUUUGACUGUAAUAGAUUGAAUAGCAGUUAGUUGUCUGCAAGCGUGUGUGUCAGGCCUACAGCAUCUACCCCCGCAGGGGCCGUCGUGGUUGUGAUGCUGUGAUUCCCUUUGGCCCUAGAAUAAUGCCCAGUGUUCAGAGGCCACGUACCCUGAACUCGAAAAGUUCUGAGGACAUAGUUGACUGGCUAACACAGGACACCCAAUCUUCUACAGCUUCCACUCGGAACCUUGACGCACCUUGGCUUUUCCCUGGUUAUUCUGAAUUCUGGUUUCCCUGACUUGGCUUGUGUAAACGGUAUUGUGUAUUUUCUGGCUUCCUUGACCUCGGCUUUCCCUUUGACCAUUCUCUGUCUCUAGCGUAUUAGUCCGGCUAUUCUAAGGUCCGGUUUACACUCUGUCCUUUUAUUUUCCUUUUCUUGCCUAUGUAUAUGUUUACAUAGUUUCUGCGUGCUGGACCACACUAGUAGUCGUGACAUUGGGAUUAAACUGAUAAGAAUUGUACUACUUAACACACCACUUCUAUCUGGUGGCACAUUAGAUUGCACGCGCAGUGCCCCAAAUUUGAAGUAGGUGGACCGACUAAGAAUCUUUUUCCAUCUCCCGGUUCCUAAAAUCGAUGUCAUAUACACGUCCCCUGAUAGGGGACGUAACAGGGAUUAAACUGAUAGGAAUAGUACUACUUAACACACCUUAUAAUAACGCAGAUAGAGGCAACGCAGAGAGAGGAGUCUGAAGAAGAGGAGUCAGAGGAGGAAGGUGGCUUUGAGGAGGUGGAAGACCAAACACAGCAGGCGUCCCAGGGGGCUUGUUGUCACCUUUUCGGGGACCCUUGGUGUUGUACGUGGCUGGGUGGAGGAAGAGACCUUCAAUGACAUCAGUGAGGACAAGGAACGGGACAUGGCUAGCUUGGUAUCCAACCUUGUGCAAAUGGGGAGUUUGCGGUUGUGCAAAUGGACUGUUUGCGGCGGUUGUUUGCGGUGCGUUAAACGGGGAGUUUGGUCUGUCACUGUGAAGCGGGCGUAACCCUUACACUACCUGAUCGAUACAACAUCAUACCUGAUGUUUUAAAGCACGUUAUUCCAAACAAUUUAGGAAUGUUAGGUGAUUUAUGCCCUUUAUGGAUUAAAACCAGACUCUGCAUCAACUAUGUAAUUUUCCAUGGGAGUUUUGCCAUGUAUCCCCCUCCGGCAUGCCACAGUCCAGGUGUUAGUCCCCGUGAAACAACUUUUCCAUCACUGUUGUGGCCAGAAAGAGUCCCUGUGGGUUUUAAAAUCCGCCUGCCUAUUGAAGUCUAUGGCGGUUCGCCCGGUUCGCCCGUUCACGAACAUUUGCGGACGUUCGCAUUCGCGAACCAAAAAUUUUAUGUUCGCGACAUCACUAAUCACAAAUAAUAUUUUUUUUGCCUUAAAAUUUUACAAGCAUACAAAAUAUUCUUUAGAUAUACACCGUUCGUCUAUUAACAUGUUUACUAGUUUGGUUUUUUUAUGUAGCAGUCCUUUUUUCAGUCCUAAUGUUGCAUUUAUUUGUAGAUACAUUAAAUGCGAUAUGUGCUUAUUCCUGCAAAACUAAUGAUGCACGACACUAAUGUUCUAGGUUAUCACAAGAAUAAAAAGUGUAUUAAAAUAUUUGCCUUUAUUUUAAUUUGCAAUAUUGCAUGGUAAUAGAUGUAAAAAUGGUAAUAGAUUGAUAUAUAAUUUGAGGUUUAUUAGCUAAAUACUAAAUUGUAGAGAAUUUACCAAUAAAUUACAUCUUAAGUGUAGUCACAUCGUGGGUAUUUUGGCCAACUUGUUGCAAUCCGGUUUUCAAAUCACUAGAAUUUGAUAUUUAGUUGUUAAACCCCUGUGUGUUUUUUAGGAAAUUCCUCUCUCCUGCACGCAGUUAUUUAUUGUUGUUUGGUAGUAUCGCACUUUAACCACCCACGUCCAGAUUCCUUUGCAUACUUGUAUAUCGGGAUGAUACUGUUUAUGAAAAUCGCCAGGACUGCCAGAUUCUAGUGUCUUUUAUCUCACAGACAUGCCUUUACAUGUCUUGAAGCGCAAGUAGAGAAAUAUACAACAAGGGUAGGGAACGGAUCAACACAACAUUAAAUUAAAUUAAAUGUUAAAUUGUCACCCACUUUCCCCUGUACGGUAUAGAAUAGGUUUCCAUUGAUGAUACCAAAUUAUAAAAUUAUAAUAACUGUUAUAUGUUUGGUGUGCAAUCUAUAGUUUAAUAAAGAGAAUUCAAUUUCAUGAAAAAAAACUAAAUUGGAUAUGCUGAACGUUAUACCAGAGAUAUAGUUUUAUAGUUCAUUGGCUUUCCAGUAAUCCUAGGUCUCCACAAAAAAAAAAGAAUUUUCCUGCCAACUUAAAGGAAAAUAUGCAAGUCAAAAGGGUACUUGUCAAUGCGUGCGUACACAGUAUAUCAGAGUACAAGCACUUUUCCGGAAAAUUUAUGGUAAAUUGUUGACAAAGCAUGUCAUGAUUGUCUAUUUUUUAGUAAAAAAAGAACUGAAUUGAUUAACGGAAUGUAUUUGUUUGGAAGUGUAUCUAUGGUAUGUUUUUAGAUUAACAUAAUGUCCUUUCCGCAGGUACAUCGGAGCACUGGGAGCAAGGGUGAUCUGUAAUAACAUCCCAGGAUUGGUUAACAAGCAGAAACAGCUGUGUCAAAAGCACCCUGACAUCAUGCAAGCUAUUGGCGAGGGGGCAAAGGAGUGGAUCAAGGAGUGUCAGCAUCAAUUCAGGCAUUAUCGUUGGAACUGCAGCACUCUGGACAGAGACCAAACAGUCUUUGGGAGAGUCAUGUUAAGAAGUAUGUUCUCUUGUCUAAAACUAUUAUUGAAAGGAACUUGUAUGAAAGCCAACCUUGAUUGACAGCUCUUGUAUUGCUUGCUUCUGUUACAAUUUAGGGCUAGGUUAUAUUAUAUUCUAAAAGGAUAUUGCUGGUAAUUGAAUAGCAUUUUUUUCCUUGGUUAUCAAAGGGAAACAUUAUAUUCAGUAGACUUGAACACAGCAGAAAUAUUAGCUGUAGCCAAAUCAAGUUGUCCAAAGAAAAAUUCAAUUGGGUGGACCAUAAUUCAUCCAUGUGGCGUUUUGACUCAGACAGUUUUGGUCCAUGCAAUCAUUUCAGGAAAAAUGAUUUAGAUCACUUGAAAGGGCACGAAAAUGGGCAAUCACUGUACUCCAAUGUAUAUAUUACAUAUAAAACAGUUUAUUGAUAGGUACAUUUUCCCACGACUUGGUUCACAGCUCAAGUAGGAAGAAGUAACCAAUAGAGGGAAAAUAGGAGGAGCAUUAAAAAAAUAUAUUUAUAUAUUAUAUAUUUUAAAUAUACAUAUUUUUACUGAUACUGCUUUUUUUCUCUGUAUUGGUCACUUCUCACUUGAUAUGUUAAUAAAAUCAACCGUUACUGCCUGUCCCCUAACCGUCAAUCAUCUUUUUUCUCAUCAAUCAUCUACUUUUUUGGCACCGCCACGGCCAGAAUAGAGGAAUCAAGUGAAACUGCUUGUCCAUUGCCCAUAAUGUUUGUUUUGUGAUACAGACGUAUGGCACUGCGGAGUUAUGUAAUUUGGAUCACCAGCUGACUGCUCCAACAUUUGGUCAAAUUGCAAUUCAUUCGAAACUGAUUGCAUAAGCCUAACAGUCACUUACAAUGUUUGUGUAUCACUUUAAAUAGAAUACAGGGCAUAGUUAUUAUUAUUAUUAUUAUUGCCAUUUAUAUAGCACCAACAGAUUCCGUAGCGCUUUACAAUAUUAUAAGAAGGGGGAUUUAACUAUAAAUAGGACAAUUACAAGAAAACUUACAGGAAUGAGAGGUUGAAGAGGAUCCUACUCAAACGAGCUUACAGUCUAUAGGAGGUGGGGUAUAAGACACGUUAAGACAGGAAAUAGCAAUCAAAUAGGGUGGGAGUGAAGCAGGGCUGGAGGAGAGGGUAGAGAGAGCAAGAGACAGGUAUGUAAGGUAAAGGUUACUCUGGGAGGCCAUAAGCUUUCCUGAAGAGAUGGGUUUUAAGGCUCUUCUUAAAUGAUUGAAGACUAGGGGAGAGUCUGAUGGUGGUAGGCAGGCUAUUCCAUAGGAAAGGAGCCACCCGCAAGAGGUCCUGCAAGCGCGAGUUGGCUCUACGGGUGCGAGCAGCGGUCAGGAGGUGGUCACGGGCAGAGCGGAGCGAACGAGGAGGGGCAUACCUAUGGAUCAUUGAGAGGGGCUAGAUUGUCUGAUUAAUGUUCAAAUGAUCCCUGCAUAUAUAGUUUGCAUAACAGCAUUUUCCCUUGUAGACUGAACAUACUCAAAUGGGCAUUUAUGCGUUUUCUGAGAACUGACCAACUCUUGUAAAAAAGUCAGAGUAUGAUAUCAGCAGACACAGCCACGUUGCAUGGUAUAAUAAUACGGUACUAAAUACUUUUUAAAAGCAAGACUUCAUUUUUUUUUAAAAAAGUAAGCAUAAGGCUUAAAUAUUGAUUUUAACUGGAAUGUAAUAUAUAUGGAUUCAAUUAAAUAUAUGCUAUUUACCAGCUUGAAAAAUAAUUGUCUCUAAAGUUACAGACUCUGUUGGCAUGUGUCAUCAUAGGUGGCAAGGAGAUACUUUGCACUAUUGGGCCUUUAGGAGAGGUCUCCAAUCACCAUUAUUGAAUUACAAGAAAUUUAAUUUCUGAUUUUUUUACAUUAAAGGACCACUAUAGUGCCAGGAAAACAUACGUGUUUUCCUGGCACUAUAGUGCCCUGAGUAUGCCCCCACCCUCAGGGUCCCACUCCCGUGGUGCUGAAGGGAGAGGAAGGGGUUAAUCCCUUACCUUUUUCCAGCACCGGGCUGCGCGCGCAUUCAGCCAGUCUCAUUGGAAAGCAUUAUCAAUGCUUUCCUAUGGACGCUGGCGUCUUCUCACUGUGAAAAUCACAGUGAGAAGCACGGAAGCCCUCUAGCGGCUGUCAAUGAGACAGCCACUAGAGGCUGGAUUAACAAUUUCUUUGAAACUGCUAUGUUUACAGCAAAAAGGGUUAAACCUAGCUGGACCUGGCACUCAGACCACUUCAUUGAGCUGAAGUGGUCUGGGUGCCUAUAGUGGUCCUUUAAGCUGUCACAUUUUCAGCAAAAACAUGUCCCGUAUAUAUUUUUUUUUUAUAAAUGUAUUUUUAUUCAUGAGAAAGUUCUCUCUAUUUUAUUUAUUUUUUGUUAAGAUCACAGUGUGAGGCAGCAAAGUAGAUUAUGAAACUUGCAUGUAAAUACAUGAAAAACCAUGAGAGGGACACACAGGGAAACUCGCAGGUUUCCAAAAGAAGAAAUAAGCAUUAGAGGAGCGCAUGUCUCAGAUCAAGUGCAGUUCUGCUCACGUAUAGUGACAUGUUUGUUUAAUACACAGGUGAACAUAAACCAUCAACAAGAACAGGGAAAAUCAGCGUAAAUACCAGCAGUCCUUUGUAUUUCAAUCUGGAAGUUUGUCUCGAGAGCCGGCCAUUAAACAUGUAGAAAAUCUGUAUUAAAUGGCAUAUACUUGGAUCAAAAUUAAGUAUUACAUGGACUAAAAUUUUUUGUAGAAUGGCCAUCAAAUCUAUUAUGUAUCUAUUAUGUAUUUAGGGGGCAAACAGAGCAAACCCCCUCAAUAUAUCUCCUUGGAAACAGUAGUGAAGCAGUAGUAAUGAUAUUAAUGUGGGACCUCCAUAAUGGUAAGCCAUAGUUCAGUGAUUUAAUUCCUGCUGCCUACAUCCUGGGAGGUAGAGCUGUCAUCCAUCAUUCUGCUUCCUGAAGUCUUUCCACGUAACAUGCGUGACAGCCAGAAACAUACGUAUGACUGAAAAAGUCUUCGCCCAGUCAUUUUGCUGCAGCUAAGGUAGCCUAGCUAAAUAGUGAGAGCAUAUUAAAGUACAAGAUUAUCCAUUUUAUUAUACACUUUCAUAAUACCCAGGCUGUUCAUCUGUUAUAUUCAUGCCACAUCCAAAAAUAUUUUUUUAAAUAAAAUAUACAAAGGAGAUAUACUAUGGGCACAAUGUCUAUAUAGUAUCGCCGGUUCACUCGCUUGCUCUCCUCACUUUGAAACUGAAACUAUAUUGCAAACAUGUAGUUCGUCCUUGCUCCCAUAUACUGCAACUUGUGUUUUAUACUGUAACGGUGUAUAUAUGCUACUAUGCCCCUUUACACUCUCCCUCCCCUUAUUCCUUUCUCUAGCCUAACAAACUUUAAAAAUAAAUAAAAAAAAGAAAUUGAAAAAAAAAAAAUCAUUAUGUAUCACCUCUUAGCUAUUACUAUCUAUGAUUUAUUAUUAUCUUUACUGAGUUCUUAAUAUCUCAGAAUACUGUUGCUAAAAUUAACAUUUAACCAAACCAUAUUAGAUAUCCAUCUGAUAUCUAGUUAGUUGUAUGUGUUUGUGUAUAUGUGUCUUUUGUUUGUGAUUUUACUGUUUGUGAUUUUACUAUGCUUUUCUUAUGGCUUUUACUGCUGUUUAACUAUUUUAUAGAAUAUGUAGGUGCUUUAAAAAUACAUUAAAAGGAAUAAAUGAUACCCGAUGCAUAAAAUUAGACAUCUGCACACAUCAGUCUAUCAUGCUUGUAACCGAGCACUACGCCGCUGUAUCUCCUUAUAAAAGUGACUUGUUGUAUAAAUGAACCAAGUGGUUAUUGGAGAUUAGUAUCGUGCAAAGAAGCUGAUUGUGUUGAAGAUACCUAAACCCCAAAGAGAAUUGUCUAAACAGUAACUGGAUAUGUAAACAUUUAGAGAGAUGUCUGAGCAGGGCAUCAGGUAUUUGGAUAGUGUGGAAUCUGUGUGAAAAAAAUAUGUAGGACCUUCAAACCCAGACACAGGAUUGUAGGGGUUGGACGGUACUUAUUGCAAUCUGAAAUAAACAGUCCUCUUAGUAGAAAAUAAGGUAAUUUAGUUCAAAUGUUAGAAAACAAGCACAGAAUGGUUAGUUUACUCAGUAAUGCAGUAAUUCUAUACAGACUUGAAACAAAAAUUCUAUGUAAGUGCAAUUUGUAAUUUUCAAGGCAUAUGAUUCUAAGGGUUCUAUAAAGAAGUAACAUAUUAUAACGCCUAAGGGCUAUCAGUGGCACAUGCCACUAUGAUGACAUCACUCUCGUCUUUUUCGAUGCCCCCCCAUGUUCUGAUUCACCAUAUCAUAUAGCUCACAUGGGAACAGUGACAGUGCUCUGUGUUGAUGUGAAACAUGUAAAGAUCGUCCACUAAGUAUGUACCAAAAUGAUACAUGGAGCAAAGUCACUAAUUAAGAAACUAUUAUAAAAAUUAAUAGUGAUUAGUAAUAUUAGAAUGCUCACACAUCUUAUUAGAGGACCAUUAAAGGCACCCAGACCACACAAUCUCAUUGUCUCAUUGAAGUGGUCUGGGUGCUUUGGACCUGUAGUUUUAACCCUGCAAUGCAAGACAUUGUAAUUUUUGUAUAAGCUGUAAUGUUUACAUUUCAUGGUUAAAUACAUCUCUAGUGGCCACAAGAACUGUCUUCCAUUGCAACAACCAAGUUUUACUUGGUCAUGUGACCAAAUGCACCUAAUAGGAGAAGCAUUUGAUUGAAUGAACGCACGGUGCUCGCCAGCAUGCGCAUCAGUCCCCAAUACUCCUUUAUGAAGAGCUUUAAAUUGGACUAAUGCCUGGUUAUGACACCUCUUCGAUGACACCGCGGGAGGCACAGCGGCAGCAUCACACAGGGAGGCUCAACACUGGCAAAGAGAAAGCUAUACAUUUAAUAAACAGAUACUUAUCUAAAUAGCUACAGCGUCACUAUAGUGUUAGGAAUACUGGUUUGUUGGCUGUCAAUCAGACAUCAGGUUAUGUUACAUCUUUGGAUGGCUUAGUGGAGCCAAACUCAAGAGUCAGCAAUGUCUAGAGUACCUGCCUUGCAAAGACUUCUCUUUGAGCUGCAUUGGAAAGUCUGUGAUUGAACAGAUACAGAAAGUCUUGGCGGGGUUAGACGGGGAAGGCUUGCAAAGGCUGCAGACAAGAGAUCUGCAGCUUUUGCAGCUGUUUUUAGAUUUACCCCAAUGAAAAAAUGCAUCCUUAAAUCUAUACUUGUUUUCAUUGUGGGUAUAUCUACUAAACAAUGAUACUACGUUUUGAUGGAUUUUACUAGGGACGCUUAGAAGGAAUGCAAGGGGGCAUAAUUUUGGUAAGCAGAUAGCUCCCUAUCUAAUCCUUGGAGAUUGCUUUAUGCAGAAAAGAAUUUGAGAAAAUAGCUGCUUGGAAAUAGUGUUCCAGUUUUAUAGGUCUUGUCAACAGGGCUCCCCUAUGUUUUAUGUACCAAUAAAUCCUUUGUCAAUGAGUGAUGUCUUGGGAAAGUUUACUUAACCUGAUGCAGUUGUAUAUGACAAAACAUUAAAUAACAUAAGGAGUACAUUGUUUUAAUGCGCUCUGUCUGAAAUAUAUAAUCUGUAGUCAUGACAGGUAGCAAAGGGAGCUUGGAAGCUAUUCUGAUUUGCCUUGGACCCACGUGCAUUUUUCAUUUAUAGAUAUUUCACAAGAACUGAAAACCAUUAAUAAAUGAAAAUAUAGCAUCAAAUACCUGCUAUCAAUUCCAGGAGGGUUUUUUUUUAUUCUGCUGGAUUUAUGGUGGGUUGAGAUCCCUGAGUCCUAAAGAUCUUCACUGCUAGAAGAUAAAAGCCAAUCAGUUGAAUGAAUCAUCCCCAGAGGAGAUAUGAGGAGGCUGUGCAGCUGUGUUUCAUUGUUUAACAAUACUAAACAUGAACGCAUAUUUUCAUAUUACUUAAAAUACUUCUAUCUAAUAAAUAAGCCAUGCCAUGGCUCCGAUAGCAUCAUGCUUCAACAUGCAAUUACUAGUGUUAAUUCUCGAGCUCCCAAAUUUCUUCCUUUGAUGUAAGCUCUUGAGGACCUGCAUGUUGUUACUGUGAACCCCAUACAAUAACUUGGUACGUGUGGUUUGCACCCUUUGGAGAGCUUUAAUUCACUAAGUCAAAAAGGAUAACAUGACUUUUAGAACUUUGGAUAAAAGGCUCACCAAUUCUUUCAAGCACUCAAUUAGGUCUCUUAGAUUUUCCAAUGAGUUAAAAUAUAUAUUUUUUCCUUUUACUCAUUUUACCAUUUUCUGUUAUGAUUGUUCUUAUUCCUGUUGACUAUUACAGGUAAAAAAAAUAAUAUUAUUAUUAUGUUUUAUUUGUGUGUAACUAAUUACUGGAAAAUAAUUGGGUACAGGUAUUCAGACUGAGAGACUAGAUCAGUCACUUUAAAAAAAAUAAAUAUCAAUAAUUUGUUUAAUCAGAUUUCACAUUCAAUGUUAUAUCAAUCUAUGGAACUUUAUAAAGAUCUCUUACACCAAUAUUAUGCAUAGAAACAAACUAAUGACUUGUAUACACUUAAUUUCAUAGGUAGCCGAGAAACAGCCUUUGUCUAUGCUAUUUCAUAUGCUGGAGUGGUUUAUGCUAUUACCCGAGCCUGUAGCCAAGGGGAACUUAAGUCUUGCAGUUGUGAUCCUAAGAAACGGGGACGUUACAAGGACGAAAGAGGGGAGUUUGACUGGGGAGGCUGCAGUGACAAUAUUGACUUUGGGAUUGAAUUUGCCAAAGAUUUUGUGGACGCCGAAGAAAGGAAAGUUAAAGAUGCAAGGGCCUUAAUGAACCUUCACAACAAUCGGUGUGGAAGAAUGGUAAGUCACCUUGGUUUAGAUAUAGAGAAAUUAGACAAGAUGUGUUAUCAAUUAAAGAGAUCAGGGGUCUACAGCAAAGAGAAGAUAGUACCCUCCAAAACUCUUGAUUGGGCUACGUUUCUGCUUAGUUGAUAUAUAAAAGAGUUGGAUAUAAUGCUAGUGUUUUCCAACCAAUGAUAAAAACAAAACAGAAAUUAGACCAAAAUAAUAAAAUCUCCAGACCUGUCAAUUUGUUUGUACAUUAUUAUUAGUACCAGAGCUAAACUAUGUUCAAUGUGUUGCACACAUGCGGCACUCAGACAGUUAAUACUUUUGGGACAGAACACACUAGAGAAGAAGACAGCACGUAUUUAGUGCAAUAAAUAUACUUCCACACUAGAAAAAGUAUAUUCCUCUAAAAUACAGAAAUUAAAUAGUUAUGAUUUCAGUGGGAGUCAUGAGAUAACAUCUAAAGUGGAAGAGAGAGUUGUGGGAGGCAUUUAUCUGCCAGAUUUUCUUCGCCCAUAUUGUAGCAUCAACUUUAAAUGGCAUAUUUGGAAUUCUUGUCUAUUCUUUAUUUAUUAAGUGUAGAAUAGGUUCCUCGUUCCUAAUUUCAUUUGUUGUAUGUAAUGGUUCUUUAGAGGCCUGUUUGUUUUACUGUGGUAUUAGAAAAGGAUAGAAAGAGCGGGAGAUGAGCUGUUUUGCUGAGAAUUAUUAAGGUAUUUUGGGAAGGACUGCUCAACAGAGGUUGUGAACAUGUGAUAUAUUGUUUAAAACAGUUCCUUUAUCUUAUGAGUGCCUGACACACGCUAAUCCCUGUGUGCUGUUAAGUAUGCCAGCUAAUCUGAUAUCUUUUUUCCUUUAUUUUAGGCAGUUAAACGUUUUAUGAAGCUUGAAUGUAAGUGCCAUGGGGUCAGUGGGUCAUGUACAUUAAGGACUUGUUGGCGUGCUAUGUCAGACUUCCGAAAAACAGGGGACUAUCUCAGAAGAAAAUAUAAUGGUGCAAUCCAGGUUACCAUGAAUCAAGAUGGCAGUGGUUUCACAGUGGCCAAUCAGAACUUCAGAAAACCCACCAAAAAGGACUUAGUCUAUUUCGAAAACUCCCCUGAUUAUUGUGUGAUGGACAAGUCUGCAGGUAAAAUCUAUUUAUCUUCUCUGAGGGAUGAGUUGAGUGAAAUGUUGUGAAAACCACUAGCUAAAUUCUGCUGCAGGAGGGAGAUAAUUAUUUUCAAAACUCAGCACCUUGUUUGAUCUUUUGUCAGUCAAAAUAUACAGUACUUAGACACUUCCUUUCUUGUUUGGAACUCGUCAGUUCCUAAAGAUUUAAAAUAACAGCCAAAACAGCUUAGAUUCAACAGAUCAGUAUUGUUUAAAAUACAUAUACAUUAUGGAUUUAUCUUUUAACACAUUGUAACUAACUCAGGUCACAAUUUAACAACUAGUAUAUCAUUUAAAGCAGAGGAAUUACAUUAUUUUUUAUUUAAAACAGUUAAAACGUAUAUAAAUUAUUCUAAACCAUAAGGAAAUGUUUUUUGUUUUGUUUUUCAUUUAGCAAAUUUGUGCAAACUUUUUAAAGUUAGUUGGUACUGAUCAUUUAGCAGAAUAAAAAGUAACUAAGAAGGUCAAAUCAGAUUGCUAUUUUGGCACCAGAAGUCACUUUACUUCAAAUAAAAUGAGCAGAAAUGACCUAUCGCUUGGGUUGCAAAUGUUUACCGUGAGGGUAAAAAAUUUAGUAGACUAAAAAGAGAAUUGCUCGAAAUUAAACAUUAAUUCACAUGUAAUUUUAAGGGCAAAAUAGCCAAGCUGAAAACAGAAUCAAUUUGGAGAAUUUUUCAAUUUUAGCUAUUUUGGCCUAACGUUUGAAGUCUACUUCGAAUACUUUGAAUUCCUCUCAAAUUUCACUUCAGAGGAUAAACCUGAGUAUGCUACUAUAUAUGUUACAAUGUAAUUAUUUAUAAAUUGAGUGGAGCUUUUGAGCUUCUAAAAACUGCUAAAUAUAUUCACGGACAAUCUCCUACAUACAAAAACUCAGCCUCACGCAUAAAUACAUAUGCUCACUCAGUCUCUAAAAUCGACACAUGAAGUGGUCUGGGUCCAGUGGCUUUGCCAUUUUAACCAUGCAACGUAUUACAUGGGAAAAACUGUAAUGUUUACAUUGCAAGGUUAAAUACACCUCUCCAGUGUCUGUCUUGCUGAAAGCCACUAGAGGCGCUCCCUCAUCCUGAACCGAGUAAAACUUGGUCCUGAAGUCAAAUGCUGCUGAUAGCAGCACUUGAUUGGAGGAAUGCAUCGUUUUGCCAUGCGUGCGUAUCUCCAAUCCAUUGCUCCAGCAGUGGAUUGCCUGGAAAUGAGGUAAGUAAUCCUUCUUUAACUUCUUUUUUUUUUUUUUUAUACCAAAGGUGGGUGGACAGAAGGGAACCUAUAGUCCCAGAAAAAUGUUAUUUUCAAGACUGUACGAUCCAUUGAAAUAUGAUAUUGUGAUAUGCUAAAACAUAUGUAAUUUCAUUACAUUUCUCUUUUUUGUUUUACAAGUCAAUAUUAACAAAGCAUUGCUUUUAAUUUAUAAAGAAAUGAGAAUUAUGUUUAGGGAACCUUGUUAUCCAUGUUUAUAGUCAUUUCAAGAUACUGGCCUUUGCAUCAGGCUGCUCAUUGGAAGAGGGAAUAUUUUGAGAGGUGAUGAGUGCCUACAGACUUGUCAAGGUGGUCUAUCUCAGGGGUGCCCAAAAGGUAAAUAUCCAGAUGUUGUAAAACUACAGCUCCCAUGAUGCUUUUGUCAUCAUGGGAGUUGUACUUCUACAACAUCUGGAGAUCUACUUUUUGGGAACCCCUGGUCUACCUGUUCAGCUCAUUUUCUUUACUGUUUAAACUAGGUGGAAAAAACAAACUACAUUUUAGUUUGAUCCAUGUUUGCAUGUUUUGAAUAAAAUAGAACUGUAAUUUCUCUUCCUGUAAAAUAACACAUUUUCAUAAGUUCAAAGGGGGAGGUCAGGUUGGUUAAAGGGGCAUUCUAAGCACCAUAACCACUUUAUCCCUUGCACAAGCUCAGCCAAGUAGUGUGAAAAGAUACAGAAAAGUGAUAUUGUUAAAGUAGAAUGAAAAGUACUGUAGUUGCUGGAGGGUCCCGGGUGAAUGUCAAAUCAUGCAAAUAUGGUUUGACUCCUUUUCAUGGAAAGGCAAGGAGUCAUGGGGGCGCCAUACCACUGUAGCAGACUGUAGCGUUUAUAGAGUGUAGAAUGUCCCUUUAAAUAAAGUAUGCUCCUAAACACUCCUCUAUAAAGUAAAAAAAAAACCUUUGACUUCAUACUUAUUUAGAAUAAGAACACAAAAAUAUUAUAUGAGUGCAACAUUAAAUUUCCCUAGUGACAGUAUUAAUUUUUUUCCCUUUACAAAACCGUGUAUAAGCUAAAGGUAUAUCAAUUUUUUUCAUUAAAAACCUGCCCCCCACGGAUUUUCUUGCGUUCCUUAAUCGGUGUGCCUGCACAGUUAAGCAGUUUAAGAAUUUAUUAACACAUUUGCACAUAUAUCUUGCUUCUAGUGCUGAGAAGAUAAUAUUUCUGCUAGUUCCCUUGGCGUUCUCUUUCUGAUUGAAUGCCCGUCCUUUUUAGAUUUUUAGAUAUUAUUUACAUGUUUUUAAUAAUUGUUUUGUGACUCAUCUAUUGUAUAAGGAGAUAUACAUUUGCAGGGAAAAAUAUUUAGGACAGUAUAUUAGUUGGUAUUUUUUGUGUGUGAGGCGUUAGCAAAGGGCAAUAAAUGGGCACUAGAUGGGUUAUCUGAUUGAUUUCCACUGGCUUUUUAUACACAUCAACAGUAAUUUAAAUAGCAUUAGAGUUUGCUAACACUAACGAUUUGAUAGAAAGCUUUGUCACCAAUUUUGCUUGUGUGUGGAUUUGAAUGCUCAGUUUGUAGGACUUUUCAUAGAAUUCUUUAACGCCUAAUCAGGUUCAGAAAAGCAAGACAGGGUCCAUUGGAACUUGGCAAAUUUAAUGUAAAUUGCCUUAGAAACUCUAAGAGACACACGAAGGUGUGAGGCCAUAGUUUGAGGGACUUUGGAGAUGGUUUUGGAUGACCACUCAUUAUCAUACUACCUGCAGAUUUCUCUCAUUAGUAAAUAAUCUCUCUAACCUAUUCCUCAUUAUACAAAACUGUGGAAUCUCGGGAAAUAUGAAAAUAAAUAAUAUCAAUGAUUACUUGUGUAGAGUUGUAAAUGAAACAAUCAAAAAUGUUAUUCUUGCAGGGUUAUCCACUAACCCGUGAGCUAUUGGUAAUCAACCAGGGAAUUUAGAAUUUUAAGGAAAAAUAGCUCUGCUAUAAAAGUGGCAGAACUGAAUAUUUUUUCCAAUCUCGCUAUUUUCUAAGAAAAUUUGAAAUCCCCUGAUCAAUUCAUGAAUAAAUCUGUUUCAUUAAAGCUUGAAGGAUAUACUAAAGCAACAUUAUUUAACCCUGGUCUACGUUUUUUAGGCAGAAAAGAGGUUAAUUUCAGCAAAAACAAAUUUAGGAGAAGAAAUGUUUUGUAUUAUUAAUGCCUUGCUACAUUGCCACCUUGUUACGGAGAUAUGAUUCACUCAAAUAGUUCUCCUUGGUAUACAUCCCCUAGGGUAUGCUACUGAAUCGACUUAAUGGGUCCUUAAUCCUUUCACUCUAACAGUUGCUAGAGGGAGAUGGGCAAGGCCACAGAGAAAGAUCAAAAGGAGUUCAUUAUCAAAGGAAUGUUCUGCCUUUAAACAUGACAUGUAGUCAGAGAGGGGGGGAAAAGUCUUGUGGAUGUCACAUCACAGCUAAGGAGAAUGCUCACAGGCAUGGCCAGAUUACUUAAUAGUGCCAGGAACCAGGAUUUAACCCUUCCACCUGAAGGAAGGCUUGUUAGUGCUCCAGGUAGAAAGAAAGCAAGGGAAAGUCAUACCAAUAAAAGUGAUGAUAAUAAAAAACAAGGUGAUGGUUUUGUCUAUGUUAAAAUUAUCUAAGACAUGUUUGAGGUAACUCUAAAAAGCAUUAACCUUUAAUAAGAUCCAUCACUAACACUUUAUGUGAUCAUUCACAUCUCAAAUCAGGUCUAAAUAAGCACAACGAUGGCAUGACUAACGCUAAUCUGUUACAUAAUAAAGUUCAGUCAACCAAAGGCGGAUUUAGAAUUAUUGAGCUGAACUAAGGCAGAUGUUGUUUCUUCAAUGUGUUAAACGGACAAAAUUAAGGCAAAGUGAAAAAAAUUAUUAGGCAUAUGUUAACAUCUGUAUGGAUCUCUAUGCAAUGAAGAUGCUCGCUGUGUCUAUACAUGAGACAGGAGAUAAUUUCAUGACCUUACGCCAUAGCUGUACCUUCAGGCUUUUUCCCACAUUGCAGAGGGAGACUCAUCUUUCCUCAUCAUCCUGUAGCAAUCUACACCUGCAUGAAGCCACACUUUAGAAUGAAAUUGUGGGUGAUAUCAUAAAACAAAAUAUCUCAAGGGCUUUAGCAAGAGGAUGUUCUAUUACUAUAGAUAGAACAUUGAACUUGGAGGGAGAACAAUUUAGGGUACCAUAUAAAACUUUAUUUUAGCAGAACAUUAGUUGUGGUGUUGUAGUGAUAGACAUGUCCCUUUAUGUAAUCUAUGAAUUGUUGUUUAAAGACCAAUUUAAAUGUAAUUGUUCCUCAUACUAAAUUGCUGUAUAAUGCUGUUUUAACAGGUUCAUUGGGCACUGCCGGCAGGGUAUGUGAUAAGGUCUCUCGGGGAACAGAUGGCUGCGAGGUCAUGUGCUGUGGACGUGGUUAUGACACUACCCGUGUCACUCGUAUCACAAAAUGUGAGUGUAAAUUCCAUUGGUGUUGUGCAGUCCGUUGCAAGGAGUGUGAGGAAACAGUAGAUGUUCAUACGUGUAAGGCACCAAAGAGGGCAGAGUGGCUGGACCAGACUUGAAGCAGCAGAAACUGCCACAUUGGACUAAAAGUCGUGGGCUCCGUGGGAUUCUGGGUGUAAGUGUAGUCUGACUGCAUGGCUUCUUAUUUAAGUAAUUCUGCAAGACACUAAAGACAGGACUACACUUCCCAGGAUGCAGUGCGGACCCUCUGACAAAGGCCAGGAAAGAACCAAACCUUUCUGUAAGAGACAUUUGAAAUAAAUUAAGUGGUUUUCAAAUUAUGGUUCCUGGUCUACUGGUGGCACACCACAGACAUUAAAUUGAAAACUCAAAGCUCUCCUGCAGUGUGUGGCUUUUUUUCUAUCACUAAUGGGGACUAGUCCUUAUAUGCAAGUGCUUUUGAAAGAUAUGCUACAGCUAUACAUAAAUAUAUUGAUGAAAGAACACAAACAAGUAAGCUAUUGUGGCACCUAUUUAUCUGCAACAUCUGAGUCUCAAUAAGGAAAUCAGAGGAACCAUCUGCAAACAAGGAUGAAGAACUUUUUUUCUGUUUACUGAUGUCACCACCCCAAAAGGACAGGUCACCUACUGCUACACAAGAAAACAUCUAAACAACUUGUGCACAUUGUUUUUUUUAUGUUUAUACUUCGUGUCAUUUCAUCUCUUUCAGAAGCAAAAAUAAAUAACCAGAAUGUUAUCUCACUGCUUUUUCUUAUG